CCGACCUCUCCCCCUCCCGCGGGGCGUGCGACGUGCUCGCGCAUGCGUAGAACGCGCACGUUUCCGCUGCCCGUGAAUCCUGAGCGGGUAAGUUUUGGGGGCACUUAAACUGGGGAGCGGCGAGAGGCUGAGUGGGGUCGCUUCUCUUUCUCAUGCCCUUCGUGGUUAUAAGGGGUGGGGGGUGGGUUACCUUUCGCUGGCCUACCUUUCGCUGAAGGGGUGGGGGAGCUCUUAGGGUAAGGCCUGUAAAUGGCAUAAAGCUUCAUAGGAGCCUCUCGUUGCUGGAGGGGGGGGAGGGGGUUGGAGAUAAGGGAAUUGGAAAAACUGCUGCCCUAAUGGCAAUAUUCUGUAGAGGGGUCGGUCUCUUGCAGCAGGAAAGAACCACCAAAAAAGGAAAAUAAGAGAUGGUCUCCUACCAUCUCAAAAGACGAAUGCGUUUUUAUUCUGGCAUAAGCAUUCGUGGACUAAAAUAUAAGUGAUUUCUCUCUCUCUCUCUCUCUCUCUCUCUCUCACACACACACACACGCACACAAAACAACAACUGGGAUUUCGUAUAGGCAAGUGGUCGUAGAGUCAGUGUGGCAAAUGAAAUGUAAGUAAUAGUGACAGUGCCUAUUUGUAGAGGCCACACUAAUGGAGGUGGGGGAAAGAGACCCUAUGGACAGUCAUAAUCCUCUUAUUGUCUUGUCAUAUUUUUUUCCUUACUUGCACAGGAGGAGCCGGGUAAAAGAGUGCUCAGAGGGAUUUUGGAAGAAAAAGUGAAGGGAGGGCAAAGAGUAGCAAUUGGGGGAGGGGAGAGAAGUAUCCUGUGGACACAGUGAGGAUGUAAGGACUGGAAGGUCGUGAACCUGGGUGGCUGCGUGGGCACUCGUUGGUCUUGUUUGGGUGAAAGCUUGUUCCAAAGCUGAUGCCGCUGUCGUUCUUUUAAACUAGUUUGUCUUAUCUAGAGUUUUGGGACUAUUUGGUCCCAUUUUUCUCAGUAGGGAGGUACAAGUACAUACUGUCAGCUUAUGCUUGGUCCAAAGUUCAGUCCCUGGCAUCAACAGUUAAAAGAAACCAGCACCAGUUGAUGUAGAGAACUGCCCAUCAGAGGGCACAGUACUUGGCUAGAUAAACCCGAUACAAGGUAGCUUUUUACAUUCCUGUCAAGUGCUAACACAUCAUGUAUGUAACUCUAGUGUACAAAUGAAUUUAUCCAUCUUUUAAGAUGUCACAAAAGAUUGCUGCAACACACUAACAAAGCUAUCCCUCUGGAAGCAUAUACAGUAAUAGGUUUGCAGUCUGUGUUUAGCUUCUGAAAUGCUGGAGCUAAGAAAACAUUCCUCCUAUUUCCUUUGCAUGCCAACUUCAUCUUCAUUCUUGGCUCCUGAAAGUUAGUUGUGGUUAUUACUUGACAGGAUGGGAAAGAGUGCUUGGUACAUGUUCACAGGUACUUUAUCUUCGCAAGACUGAACCUUGGAAAUGGAUGCAGAUUCUAGAUUUAAGUUCCACCAACCUUGGUUCCAAUUAUUAGGUUUAUCAGAUGUUUACUAGAUUGCCCUGAAGCAAUUAUUGCUAAGCAUAGUGCUGAAAGGUGCAGCGUGAGAAUGUAAAGAACAAUUUCUAAGAAUGGCUCUUGGUGAGAUAUGAUAGUGAAGGGUGUGGGGACGAAUGUAGAGAGAAACUAUCAGUGCUGGAUGGGUUGUGGCCAGGUUAAAUCUCUGAAUUAUGGGAAGGACAAAAUUAGCCUGCAGCUAGUCUCCCAAACUAUGGGUGUAUCUGCUUCAUAAGAAGUGAGUUGGUGGUUACUCAUCUCAGCUAACUCUGUCACUCCUCAUUUCUCCUCAGUGUGUGUUUCUGUUGGUAACUCUCCAUCAUAUUCUUAUAUUCCCCCUCUCUUUCUGAAAUAUAUUGUAACUCCUCCUGCCAUGUGCCUCUUAAAUUAUCAUGGUGGCUUAACACAGUGCAAAAAUUACUAAUCCCUAUGGUGAGCUGUAUAAUACCUAAUGGUGAUUAAUAUUGUUUGUGCAAUGUCCUGAGAGCACAGUGCUUUCUUAAAUUUACACGACUUUCCUCCAGAGAUAUUUGUAUGCUUAAUACUGCCUCUCCUGAUAUCAGGUGCUUACAGAUUUGGCAGGGAAGAGGAAGCAGAUUUGCGGUCCUGUCUUCUGCUGAAUUUUGCAGCGUGGAUCUCUGCGCUGACUGUGCUUGUUAAAUGUGAGUUGUGCUAACACCUAUUUAUGUAACAUUGAAUUAAGGGGAAGCAAAAUGUAGGCAUUGGCAGUGAGUGGAUCAUGUUAAAGAGCAAAAGUGGGGUUCUGAGUCUUGUGUUCUGCCCCCAUAGCGCUUCAUUUUUAAAACUGUUUUUCCUUAGACUAGGAACGAGAAGAGGACAUUUUUAUUCUGUAGUUGAGGAUUGAGGGAUUGUUUGUGUGAGAGAACUGGUAGGUACAGUUCUUCCUAUAAGCUUGUCCUGAGGCCUCAAGUAGCUUCCAUUCCUUUAUUCUUUUAUGCUUCUGCUCUGUGCACAUUGGCAAAAAGCAUUUUGAAAUGGCAGCUGGCAAAUCACUCUUCCAGUUGCUUAGAAUCCCCUCAGUAGCCCAGUUGUCUAGGCUCUCCCUAAUCUUGCUUGCUAUGAGAGUUGAACAACCUGCUGCAGUGAAGAGGGUGGUGGGGACUCUUAAUUCUGUCAUUGGUUAGGCAAGGUUUGCCAUCUGGCCUUUCUGUCAAUGGCCUUAUCCUCCACAAAUUUGAUAUUUUAAAGCUGGUCAAGUUGGCAUCCGCCACUGCAUAUAGUGGGAGCAAAUUGCACUAUGCACUUUGUGAGCAAGUACUUGCUUUCUUCUGUCUUGAGUCUCCAACCCUCUAGCUUCAAUGUGUGUGUACAUUUCUUACUCAGUUUCCCCUCUUGACUUUUUUCUGAGCCGCCAAAGUUGUAAACUUUCUUCAAAGUGGAGGAAAUCCACCAGAAAUGGUUUUCUUCGAUAUCACCUCCUGCAGUUUGAGUCUCUUCUUGCCCAUUCAGUCUCCCUUUUUCCUUCUCUCACUUCACUUUUCCAUCACUUCUUCCUAAGUAAAACUUUGCUUAUUUCCUGCAUUGUGAUGCUACUGAAAUCCCACAUGUUUUGUGGCUUAUACCUCUGAAUUUUAAAAAAUCUUAUUGUUACUCAGCAUUCAGUGCCUGUUGGGGUGUUCUGUUUGCUUCUAGGCUGAAGUCCUGUUCUCUCCUACGUAGUAGUAAAUCCCAGUGAACUCAGUUGGAUUUACCUCUGAAUAGACGUUAUAGGAUUUCACUGUGUUGUUUGAGACUACCUCUCACUUUAUAAAAGCCAGACUCACUCAUUAUAUAUGUUGACUAAUUUUCUGUAAUGCACUGUUCUGAGAUUAGGCAAGCUACUGUAAAAGUGAGUGCCUUUCUACAUUUGGGAAUACUGCAACCUAUGUGUCAGGCAUGAAGGACAAACAUACUAAAAAUGGAAGCAUCUGAAUUGGUUUUCAAGGCAUGAUUCUUCUAUACAUUUGUAGAGGUGAGGAGGAAAGUUUUGAGACUCCUGUUACAAUAACCAGGAAUCAAAGAAUAUUGUUUAAGAAGCAGUCCUGUUUAGGUUUUGAGCGUUAUACAUAUCCAGGCAAUGCUAAAAGUGGAUAUCUUUUUGUCUUGCACAAUAAUUGAAACAAGUGUGCAGCUGGAGCUUUCUCUGCUGCAGAUUUUCUCACUUCCAAGGAGACAAGCUGGCAUUGACUUUCAAAUAUGUAGCUGGUGUUGAAUCCACCUAACUCAUUUAGCUGCAGUGAUUGCCCAAUAAACAACAAGAGUGUAUAGUCAGAGUGCCUUGAUCUUUGAGGAGUAUGUAAAAACCUGCAAAUGACAGCACUAAGUUAAAUAAGUUAAAUGAUACAAAUAAGUUAAAUAAGUUAAAUGCUGCAAGAUACCAGGCAUUUUGUUACAUCUUUGAGUGGUGUUGCCAAACAAUUCUGUAAAUAUAAUGUAGUUGACUUCUUCAAAUACAGACCAUAUUUCCAACCAUUUAUUUAGCUGUGACCUUUUAUUAAAAUGUCUAAUGUGGUAUCCUUUAUUUUUAAUAGCAUUUAUUACAAUAAUACAGAACAGUGAGCAUGCUGAUCUAAAGAAUUGGAGGACCUUCUGUAUGGAUAAAUUUAUUCCAUAAGUAUGUUCACUUAGUACCCCCCCCCCUUUUUACUGUUCUUUAGGCAGCAGGUAAAGUCCAUCCCAAUGCCAAGCCUUUUAUUUUUACAUAUUAUCUGAUCACCCCUUUUAAAAUUGUAUAGGUUGCUGUUUAAUAGUUUUUGUACUAGCUCACCGUUGCUUUAUUUUAUGUCUUUUGUGUUUUAUUUUUUAUAUGUGGUUUUGUUAACUGCCUUGAGGCUUAUGCAAAAGGUGGAAUAUAAAUGUCUUAAAUAAACUGAACAUCUGUUUCCAUAUUUCAUCGUGGCCUCCCAAGAGAUAGUUAAGAGAUUUUUUUUUCUUUUAGUAUUGGAGUUAUUUUCAACUCUGGCAGCUUCUAUGCUGCUUCACACAUAAUGUAUUUACUCUGUGUUUGCAUAUAUAGCACAGGUUACAAUUAUAAUGGAAACACUCCUUAAAACAUAGCACAAUGAUUAGCUCGAAAAUAUAUCAGAUGAAUAUCAACAAUGGAUGUUUCCGUAUAAUUCGGUUAAAAUUCCUUGCAUGGAAAAGAUAAAAUGUAUAAGCAUUAAGAUCUCAAUUGAAAACUUCUGUUUUGUUUUGUUCCCUGCUUGCAUAUGUUUAAGUGGAAAUAUAUCCAUGCAAUGAAACUUGGAUCUUCAAAAUGCAUUUUGUGCUGUUGUUCAAUGUAUCACUUCAAAAAUAUUUAACUCAUUAAAUAUAUCAUUUAGAGUUAAUGUACUUCACAGCUUGGUUGUCUGUUCGUUUACUGAGAUAGCUCAGUCAGUAGAGCAUGAGACUCUUAAUCUCAGGAUCAUAGGUUCGAGUUCCACAUUGGGUUCCUGCAUUGCAGGGGGGUUGGACUAGAUGACCCUUGUGGUACAUUCCAAGUUUAAAAUUCUAUGAUCGAUGAAAUUAAUUUUAUUGUCUUCAGUGGGGCUUGUUCCCUAGUCACCUACCUGGAAGUAUAUCUCAUUCCAGCAGAAAGCCCAUCAGUUAAAAAAUAGCCAAAAACAGAAUUUAUAAUAAAAUGCAGUUCACUAUGACAACAUAACACUUCUUUCCAAACCAGCAAUAAAACAUGUAUAGGAUUGCACUCUUUGGCCCAUAGCAGAAGCUUUUGUAUGAAGGUCUGGUAACUGUGCUUUAAAAUGAGUGCAGGGACUAGGCAUUUUGGAACCUGGGGGAGGAGAAUGUAACUGUAAUUGUGGGUAGUAACAUAAAUGAAAGGAAUAAUUGUAUGUUUGUGCCAUAGUAAUAUGGCCUGUGGUGCAAGUUUAUUUAUACAACUACUUAAUCACCUUUCCAGCCAAAUGGGCAUUCAAACCAACAUGUAAAAAGUUUUUUUAAAAAACCAUUAAUGAAUUUAAAAGCCCAUAAAAAUAUCAGUCAAUAGCUGAAACAGCUGCUCAAAACAAGACUAAUAACAGAUCAACCAUAAAUCUAUCCAACAUAAAUGCUUGGGUGGGGGAAGUAUCUUAAGCUGCUGAUGGUGGAUGCAAAAGGAAGCCCUCUGAAGUUCUCUAGGGAGAAUAUUCCAUAGGAUGUCAGCCAGUUAAAAUGGACUCCGGAUUGGAACUACUUCCAAAAAGCGGGCUACUGCAUUUUAAACUGGUUAAGCUUACUAACUUUCUAAGGAGAGCCCAACGUCGAGCAUGUUUUUGUAAUCUAAGUAAGACCUUGCCAUUGGAUGAAUAACAGUGGUGAGAACUUGGCUAGAGGACAAGUUAUAGCUGCCUCUUUGACCAUCUAAAUCUGGUAAGAUGUGUUUCUAACCAGAGCUGUGGCUUUAGGAGUCAAGCAUCAAAGUCGUGUGUUGGAGCACACCCAAGAUGCACACUUUCUCCAGCUCGCUAAUCAUAAUUUAUUUUGUCUUGCCAGGUUUCAGUUUUGUUAGCACUUAUCCAGUUCAUCAUGGUAUUGUAACUAGCAAUAACUUCCCAACAAUGAAGAUAACUUUGGCUUCUGUGAAAGGAGAUGGCUAUCCAUAGACCUUCUUUCUUCCCAACCCUUUCUCCUUAACAUGAAAGUUGUGCCAUCUCGCCUUCUGUUUCCACACUGGUCCCAUUCUGAUGAGAUUUCCUCAUCCAAUGAUGCUUUCUUCAGUCACACAUUAAGCCUUGCCUUUCCAAAAGCAUUCCAAUGCUCUGCGCUUUCCUUGAGAUUUUAUUUGUGCAAAUGUUUAAGUGGAACUUAGCAACUGCUUGGAUAGAAUGCUUUCUUAAAAUUCAAGUCACACAUGAAAACAAUUUAAACUGCAAAUUGGCUCUCCUUGGCAAGCAGGUCCCUUCUCCCUCCAGGUGCUGAAUGCAGAUGAUCUCAAAGCAGGCUUGGCCUAAGGAAUGAGAGAGGGUGACCGCCCAUGGCCCUCCAGUGAGCUUUGGCUGAGUAGGAGUGUAAAUUGGCUCUUAUGCAUACAGCCAAUCCUCUGGUCAGUGGUUGAUAAUUUGCUAGUUGCAGCUCUGGUCUGGAAUUUAAAAGGCCAGAAGCAGGUAAUGGAUCAGAAAACUGUGGCUGUACCAGAGCCAUGUGGAGGCUAUUAAACAUGUCUAUUGUGUAAGUGUUGUUUCUGGGUGGAACACCAGACAGCGUUUCAUGUAUAUCCAACAGUACUGUAUAUGGGACUUCAAACUAUCCCUUGUGUAGCAGGAAGAUUGCCUUUAGCUAUAGAAGGAGGUUCAAGCCAUUCAGGCAUAAGGUGUUCGAAAAAUAAAUUAUUAGUGGCUUGGGUCCUAAGUUUUUAUUUGUGAUCAGGAGAAGCUUCUGUUCAUGGAGGAAGAAUUCCUUCAUGGGAGGAACCCUUCCUUGUUAAAAACCCCUUCUGUCAACAAACACCUAAGAUCCCAGUCUAAAUAGACCAAGUACCUAUUUUUCAGUAUGUACUAAAGUUAAUUGAAAAUUUGCUGAUUAAUUCUCCAAACUUCACUGCUUACUACUUUUUUUUGCGAAGGUAUUGGGUUCAUUUGGAUUGAAGUGAACUACGGUACAUCCAUGCUGAUAACAGCCUGCAUUUUUAGCUGAAAUUGUUUUGGCUGUAAUCCUAGGCAUCCAUUGCAGGCCGGGAAUUCUUAGUUUCACUAGGUAGUGUCCAAUGAAGUAGAUCCGUUUAGCACAUAUAUUUCUGUAUGCGCAACGGAACUUCCUCGCCUGCCCCCCAUCUUCCCCAGAUUUGCUCCACAGGGUUGCAGGAAGCUCCAGAACAGAUCUAGUGGGGUGCAAUCAGUGGAACCGGAAGUUACGUUCCACAGCCAGAAGUCCUUGCACUAACCAGAUUACUUCAUUGGAUACCAUACUUUGUACUUAGGGAGACUUGAUUCUGAGUAAAUAUGCAGAUGAUCAAGGAAUGUGAUUUCUAUCUUGUCAGUGCAGCUGUCAUUUGGGAGUCUAAAUUCAAGUGACUAUUCCAUUCCACCCAAGUUAGACUAAGAACAGUUGUAUGAAGAUGAGGAAAGAGGUGGAAGUGUUGGUUGAAGCUUUAUUUCGGUCGAGACUGCUUUGGGAUCAUCUUUGUUCAACACCUGGAAGGAGAAAAGACCUGCUUGCCAAGCAGAGCCAAUUUGCAAUUUAAAUUGUUCUCCUGUGUGACUUCAAUUUUAAGAAAGCUAACUCCCUUGCCCAUUCAGGGCUGUAGAAUUAACUAUAUGAUUAUGUGUCGGUGAACCAAUAUAAUAAGAUUUUUUAAAAAGAAAAAUAUUGCAUUUUCCCAUUUUUUUCAAAGGUAAUGCUUCUGUACAAAUUCAUAUUCAGGCUUUUGUUGUAUUUUUUUAUUUUUUUUUACUUCCACGGUUAGGCAUAAUACUUUUAUUUUUCUAUUUUUGUAAAGCAUGAAAGCUUCCACAGAGAACUUGUAAGGGUGAGUAACAUGGGUGCAUGGUAGCUUAGAACCAGUAUUAAAAACUCAGCUAUACAAGCUAGGCGCCAGAUGGCUUCUUAAACCAGGGUUACAGUCACCAAAAUGGAAUGCCUAAUUGCCAUUUUGGGGCCAGACGUCUGGAAAGUCAUAUUUUGAAUACAGACGUACCUUGGUUCUCAAACGCCUUGUGACUCGAACGUUUUGGCUCCCGAACGCCGCAAACCCGGAAGUGUUUGUGAACUUUUUUUGGAAGCCAAGCAUCUGACACGGCUUCCGAUUGAAUGCAGGAAGCUCCUGCAGCCAAUCAGAAGCCGCACCUUGGUUUUUGAACAUUUUCGGAAGGUGAACGGACUUCCAGAAUGGAUCCCAUUCGAGAACCAAGGUACGACUGUAUGACUUUUUGGUUUCUGAAAUUCAUUCUGAUUGCAUAGAUAAAAUAGAACAGAUAGAAUUCUACAGAAUGUGUUACUAGUGUGUGAAAACAGUCAAGAUCCAAGGAUCCCCAGGCUUGUGGCCAGUAGCCAGGUACAAAAUGCAGCUGCAAAUUUCGAACCCUGCUUAGAACUCAAAUCAAUAUAUAACAUGGUGUGGGUAUGUUUGUGAUAAGAUUAGCUAGCUGGCAAAUGCACCAUUGUAGCCUGUGAGAAAGAGAAGUUAUUGUACAUACCUUUGUUAUAGCAUCCUGAUUUUAGUAUCCAGAGAGCAGAAGUGGAAUCGUUAGCUCAGUCUUGAAUGGGUGGCCAGAAAGAUUUCCUAAAGCAGCAAGUGUGAUUGUUCCCACAUAACUCAACAUACUUUAUAGACUGUAUUUAGAAGGGAGGGGACUUUGUGGUCUGAAUGGGUUUGUAUUCCUAUUAGGAAUGAUAUUAAAAAUGUACUUGGGAUGGCCUAAUUAUUCCAAUUACCAUACAGUAAAAUGUUCUGCCAAAAUGACAAAGAGAUAUGGGACUCUGAGAGUUAGAAACUAGGGCCACCGUCCUAAACAGCUACAGCACAGACAAAAGAGAAGAGUGUAUCCAGAGAUAUUUUUUUUAAAAAAAAAUCUGUAGCUGAACAGGCAUUCUGGUUUUAAAUAGAAAAGCAACUUGCCUGUUUGGCAGCGGUAAAAUCUGUCUCCGUACCGCUGUUGACAUAACCGCUUCUGCAAUGACUAUCUUUAGAAUUGUAGAUGUUGAGCAGUUUUGCUUGGGGUUCUUGUAUGGCUGUAUUCUGCUCAGUGUAGAAAUUGUGUAGGAUAUCAGUGCACUGCCUGAACUAGACAACAGAGAUUGAAAUCCUAGCAGUUCAAAAUAGAUACACUAGUCAUAGGGAGACUUCUCUGUUGUAACAGAACCUGUUAAAAAAAUUCCCUGGUGAUCUAUUUUCAGCUGUUAUCGGUAUUAUCUUACAUAUAGUGCUACUGAGGAAGUGCUUAACCUUGUACUCUUAGUUUCAUUGCUUUCUUUGAGUAACAUCACUGUACUGCACAUGCUUGAAAAGGUAAAGGUAAAGGUACGCCUGCCCGUACGGGCCAGUCUUGACAGACUCUGGGGUUGUGCGCUCAUCUCACUCUAGAGGCCGGGAGCCAGCGCUGUCCGCAGACACUUCCGGGUCACGUGGCCAGCGUGACGAAGCUGCUCCGGCGAACUGGCACCAGAGCAGCACACGGAACGCCGUUUACCUUCCCGCUAUAAAGCGGUCCCUAUUUAUCUACUUGCACCCAGGGAUGCUUUCGAACUGCUAGGUUGGCUGGCGCUGGGACCGAGCAACGGGAGCGCACCCCGCCAACCAUGCGAUCGGCAAGUCCUAGGCGCUGAGGUUUAACCCACAGUGCCACCCGCGUCCCACUGUACAUGCUUACUCAGAAGUAAAUUUCUUGUGAGUUUUAUGGGGCUUACUCCCAGUAAGUGCAGCUUAAUAUAAGAAAGUUUAAGUGGAAGUAUACUCUCUUACAGAUCACCCAUUUAUUUAUUUAUUUAAGAAAUCUGUUGCACAGGUACGCUGAAAUUGGUAGGUUUAAGCAGCAGUAAAAAGUUUAUGAAGUGAUUCAACUGAAAUCUGCUAAGUGCUACUAAAGAGCUCUCAACUAAGCUUUCGCAAUGUGAAUUGAGUAGGAUCGUGAUUUGACUUGUUCAAGAGUCCUGCAGCUGAACUUAACCUACUGAAGUUCUCAUGUUCUACCAAAACAGCUGUGCUAGGUUUUUUAAAAAAAACAGUUUGCAGCAAAGUUUAUAUUUCUGUAUGUUUGUUUAAAUGCUGACAUUUGUUUCCCUUGCUUAAUCCAAACAGGGGGAAAAUGCUUGAUCUGCCUUGUGUCAGUGUGGCUGAAAUACAAAAUCUAAGGACCUUUGCUUGCACUCUCUCUCUCUUUUUUAAGCAUUUGUGAUUUAUGGAAUAAUUAAGUCAUCGGCUGUAGGAUAUCACACACUGUGGCCUGGAUUGCAUGUAGCUCUAAGCCAAACUCAAUGUGAAAUCGUGAGUGUGCUGGUUCCAGAGUAGAGAUCAUGGCCACUACAUUCCUCCCUUGUUUGUCCUACUGUUGCCCUGCCAAGCUAACCUUGGUUUGGCUGAACCUGCCGUGUGAACCUGAGCUUGUGGGUUGUGCACUCCAGAUAAACCGCAAGCUAUAAAACAGUGCCCACAGUUUAUGGCUUGUGAUUUGUCUGGAGAGGACAAACUGCAAACUUGGGUUUGGAUGACACCCUAUGUGAAACUGUGGUUAUGCUCAGCACCUGUCGUCUCUUGUCUAGGAACCCUCACGCAUUCUCACUAAGCGAUGGUUUGGCUUAGUGAUACAUGUGAACUGGGCCAUUCCUGCUUGAUAAUUAAACCAUGGUUAAUUACGUUCGUGCCAUUCCACAGUCCUGUACUAGUGUCACUCUGGCAUAAAAUGGCAAUCUAUACUGUUACACUGCUAGGCUCUCUCACUGUUGUUUCUGAACACAAAUUAAACAAGUUGUGAAAUAUUUGUAAAGCACGGAUAGGUUACUUUUCAAUCACUGCAGCUUUGAAGCAGUAAUUGUCUUAUAGUUGAACCCAUAAGUUAUUAUUUGAAUAGAAAAUAGAAAAUCUGUUAUCUCUUGAAUGACCAGAGAGCUUCCAGAGUGAAAAUGGGGAAAAGCCAGAGGUGUUAGCUUCAAAAAUUCUGCCUUGUAGCCAUAAAACUCAUUAAUCCCGCAAUUACUGUGGCCAAAUUCAAGUGGUCUUUCCAGACUUUCAGUAUGAUAACUGUGAAACUAGUACAUUUCUACAUGCAUAUCAACUGCAGAAUAUUUUCUAAACCUAAGCAGUAGUCCAAAUAUAUGACUGAAAUACCAUCCUAAUAUCUUGUUGAAGUGGUGUGUUUAUAAAUAGCUGACCAGGGCCAGUUGCUGCUGAACAGUGUGACUGGGUGCUUUUGGAUCUGGUUUAUGCUUUCAGUUUCAGCACUGGACCAAAUAUUAAUAUUCAGGUAAUUACAGAAACUAGCAGAAUAAUAAGGGUUGUUCCCUCUUUUUUAACCAUUCCAGUUAUAUGGGCUUAAGAAGAUAGAUUUCUUUUCUUUCUACUUGAUUUGACAGUGCAUGGCAUAGUGAACUGCGGGUGUAAAAGAAUGACACUGGGUAAAGUGAUCAUGUUUUCUAUCAGACAACUGUUCUGUUUCUUUGACACAUGAUUAAGUGCAGUCAUUUGGGGGAUUCCUUUAUUGUUACUGUCCUCAUUAUUUUGGUCUAUAAAGCCCAGGAUUGCAUUUAAUACUGAUUUUAUGUAACUUGCAUGCUUUCUUAAAUUGUCAGGGUAUAUUUUUGGAUCCUUAAAACACAGUUUGCUAGUAAGAAGCCUCUAUCUCUUUGUUUAAAUGGUGUCUGAAGUGUUAAGACUUGUAUAUUGAAAGCAGAUGCUUCAGAAAUGAAUUUAAAGAAUAAUACUAGGCUAGAUAGAACCAAAUGCACAACUUGUGAAUAUCACAAUGUCUUCUUUGUUGUGAGAACUCUUGGUUCAUAAUUAUUUUAUCAGCUAGAAUUGUUCUCAGAUUAGCGAAAAGAACCCAGUGUUUUUCUCAGCAUUAAGGAAAUAACCAGAUACCAAUCAUGUCACUGAAGCAAGUUAUUCCCCUCCAAUCUUCAUCAGAAAUUAGUUUGAUUUAUAGCUGUGGUUUUUUCCAUGACAUUCCUGUAAUUACAAUGUAUUAGAAUAAUUAGAAUAAUCCCUGUAAUAAUCCUCCAAUUUUAUCUUCUACAAAUUAUAAGAAGUUGAGAAGUCUUUAUCCCAAUGAAAACUGGAUAUUUUAUUGCUUUAAUAAUUAUGUUGUAUGGUAGCAUGUUUUGUAUAUAGUUACUUGGUUAGCCCAUAAGUAUUAUGAAUAGUAUUCUUAGACAAUGUAUUUUUCAGAAACUAGUUUUUUUUAUAUAUAAAGUACAAUUGAAGUGAUCUGAUGAAUGGGGCAAUAGCAAAGGACACAAUUUAGAAUUUGAUGUUUCAGACAAGGCAGCUAUGCUGUAGAUCCAUGUUUCAGCAGUCAUACAUUUUCUUCUGUCUACAGCAUUCUAGAUUUCGUAGAGUACUUGGGGAAAAGUACUCUACCGUUCUCAUUUCUAGUGGGAACAGAGGGAAGAAUAGAAAACAACAUUUGGCUGUGUUUGUCUAGUAACAUAGGACAUACAUUUAAUCCUGCAUUAAUUUAAAAAUCUCCCUGGAAUCAGGACUGGAAUCUAAAACCUACUUGAGGCCUUUUUUCUUUGAACAUCAGUCCUUAAGCUUUAAUUGCUAGGUUCUUUUGGUACGAAAAGAAAGAAAGGGGAAUCUUUAAAAACCAGGAAUUGCACGAUGCAGAAGGUGAAUUGCUUUUCUGUGCAGAUUACAGAAGAUGUUUCUUUGUCUUUUUGCUCUGGAUCUUCAUGCUCACAGAAAUAAACUACAGCUUACUGCCUUGAAGUUUAUACUUGCACUGUGAAUUUUCCUCUUAUAUAUGCCGGUUUCAGUCAGUUUUGAUUAUACAAAAUUCUUUUUUUUUUUAAAGCAAUUUAUUGGAUUUUACAAUAGGAAUAAAUGUAACAAACAAUAUAACAUUCGUCUUAACGUAAUUUCACAUUUUCUUUGGACUUCCUCACAUCUCCCGCUCCCACCUUCAUCAUUAUAACAUUUUGUCAGCAAUUUAUCAUCUUAUUUAAAUUCUUAUGUCUCUUCGAUAUUUCAUAAUCUUAUAGUUCUCAUAAAGAGUUAAACUUUCACAAUUUUUCUUAUUUUCUUAAAAACUUCUAAGUUAAGUGGUGCUCAGUUAUUUAGACAAGCAUCUUAUUCAGCAUUCAAUCAAAUCACAAUGUUUUUGCAGGUAGUUCUUAAAUUUCUUCCAAUCCUCCUCGAUUCUCUCUUCUCCCAGGUCACGGAUUCUGCCAGUCAUUUCAGCCAGUUGCAUAUAGUCUAUCAGUUGCAUCUGCCAUUCUUCCAGUGUGGGUAGAUCUUGAGUUUUCCAAUGUUUUGCGAGUAGUAUCCUUGCUGCUGUUGUUGCAUACAUAAAAAAUGUUUGGUCCUUCUUUGCCACCCCUUGGCUGACAAUACCCAAAAGGAAAGCCUCUGGUUUCUUAGUGAAGGUAUAUUUAAAUACCUUUUUCAGUUCAUUAUAAAUCAUUUCCCAGAAUGCCUUCACUUUAGGGCAGGUCCACCAGAGGUGAAAGAACGUUCCUUCACACUCUUUACAUUUCCAACACUUGUUAUCAGACAGGUGGUAAAUUUUUGCAAGUUUGACUGGGGUCAUAUACCAUCUAUAAAUCAUUUUCAUUACAUUUUCUUUCAAAGCAUUGCAUGCAGUGAAUUUCAGUCCGUUACUCCAUAGCCUUUCCCAGUCCUCAAACAUAAUAUUAUACCCAAUAUCCUGUGCCCACCUUAUCAUAGCCGAUUUAACCAUUUCAUCUUGUGUAUUCCAUUCCAACAGCAAGUUAUACAUCCUUGAAAGUAUCUUAGUCUUUGGUUCUAACAAUUCUGUUUCUAAUUUCGAUUUCUCCACCUGGAACCCUAGUUUCUUAUCAUUUUUAAAAACUUCCUUAAUCUGAGCGUAAUGUAACCAAUCUCGCACUUUGUCUUUCAUUUUCUCCAAACUCUGCAAUUUCCAAUUGUCUCCAUCUUUUCUAGUAUUUCCCAAUAUUUUGGCCAUUUGGCCUCCAUAUUGGGUCUUUUCCGGGCCUUGGCUUCCAAAGGUGAAAGCCACCUUGGUGUUUUAUUUUCCAGCAAGUCUUUAUAUUUUGUCCAGACAUUAAACAGUGAUUUUCUAACAAUAUGGUUCUUAAAGGCCUUAUUUGCUUUAACUUUGUCAUACCAUAAAUAUGCAUGCCAUCCAAAAACAUUGUUAAACCCUUCCAAAUCUAACACAUCAGUGUCUUCAAGAAGUAGCCAAUCUUUUAGCCAGCAGAACGCUGCGGCUUCGUAAUACAACUUUAAGUCCGGCAGGGCAAAGCCCCUCUUUGUUUUGCAUCAGUUAGUAUCUUAAACUUAAUUCUGGGCUUUUGCCCUGCCAGACAAACUUCGAAAUGUCUCUCUGCCACUUCUGAAAGCACUCCAUUUUGUCCAAAACCUGAAGUGUUUGAAAUAAAAACAACAUUCUUGGCAAUACAUUCAUCUUAAUCGCAGCAAUUCGGCCUAACAAAGAAAGUUUCAAUUUUGACCAACUGUCUAAGUCUCUCUUAAUUUCUGUCCAACAUUUUUCAUAAUUAUCCUUAAAUAGACUUAGAUUUUUGCUGUUAUGUUUACCCCUAGGUAUUUUACUUUUUAACCACAUUAAGUUCCGUCUCAUUCUGAAACCGUUCUGACUCUGUCUCAGUCAAAUUUUUUCCCAAAACCUUGGUUUUCUGUUUAUUUAAUUUAAAUCCCGCCACCCGACCAAAGUCAUUAAUCAAUUGUAGUACUCUUUUCGUACUAGGCUCUGGCUUCUGCAAGGUCAAAACCAGGUCAUCUGCAAAAGCUUUUAGUUUAUAUUGUUUCUGGCCAACCUGAAUUCCUUCCACCAACUGGUCCCCUCUAAUCAUGUUCAAUAGCACUUCCAGAACCGAAAUAAAUAACAAAGGGGAGAUAGGGCAGCCUUGUCGUGUCCCUUUUUCAAUUUUGAACUCUUCUGUAACCACAUUAUUAACUAUCAGUUUAGCUUUCUGUUCUGAAUAUAUCGCCUCAAUCCCAUUCUCAAAACCCCGUCCCACUCCCAUCUCUUUUAAAUUUCCCAUCAUAAAUUUCCAAGAAAUAUUAUCAAAGGCCUUCUCCGCAUCUAUAAAAAUUAAAACUGCUUUUGUAUUUAUGUCAGUUUGGAGAAGUUCCAAAAUGUCAAUAAUGUUCCUUGUGUUAGCAAACAGAUGUCUACCUGGGAGAAAACCGGCCUGGUCCUUAUGAAUUACUUCAUUUAAAACUUUUUAAAUCUACUUGCCAAAAUAUCUGCAAAUAUUUUGUAAUCCACAUUUAAAAGGGAGAUGGGACGGUAGUUCUUCAGUUGUGUCUUUUCAGCUUCUGACUUUGGUAUCAAUGUGAUAAAGGCUUCCUUCCACGAAUCCGGUGCCCUCUUCCCUCCAUAAUUUCAUUGCUAACCUCCAUCAAGGGUUGUAUCAAAUAGUCUUUUAGUGUCUUAUAAUACUUGGAGGUCAGCCCGUCUGGCCCUGGAGAUUUGCCAAGUUGCAUGUUCUGAAUAGCUUGUUCAAUCUCCUGUCGUGUUAUUUUAGAGUUCAGGGUUGUCCUAUUUUCUUGUGACAGUUUAGAUAAUCCAUUUUUGCCAAAAAUUGUUUAAUCUCGACUUCGUCUUGCGGCCCUUGAGUAUAUAGUUUUUUAAAAUAUCUCUGGAAACACUUUCUAAUGUCCACUGGAUUCUGAAUGUUUUUCCAUCAACCUCUAAGUUUGUAACCGUAUUUAAUCUUUGUCUUCUCUUCAACUGCCAAGAUAGCAGUUUUCCACAUUUAUUCGCCGACUCAAACGUUUUUUGUUUCAUUAAUUUAAUCUUCCAUUCAAUUUCCUGAUUUAUCAAUUUAGAGUAUUGUGUUUGAUACAGUUUAAUUUCUCUCAGAGUUGGCUGUGACUUUGGAUUUACUCUUAAUUUCUUCUCUAAUUCUUUUAUUUUAUCCAAGAUCUUAUCUUUUUUCUCAUUUUGUGUUUUUCCUUACUACAUUCUGUUGUAUCAAGAAUCCCCUCAUGACAGCUUUGCUUGCGUCCCAGACAAUUCUUUUUCCACCGAAUUAUUCAUGUUUAUCUCGAAAUAGUCUUUCAAAACUUUUGGGCCUUCUUGGUAGUUUCCUGAUCUCUAAACAAAUUGUCAUUCAUCUUCCAUCUAAAGGAUCCAGUUGGUAGUAGUGUCAUAUCCAUCUUUACUGCGUUGUGGUCAGAACAGGUCUUUGGGCAGAUUUCCACUUUUCUAACCCUAGGUGCCAGGCCCCUAGAAAUCCAUAUUUGGUCGAUUCUUGUCCAGGUCAGUUGGGCUUCAGAAAAGAAUGUUCCUUCUCUACCUAGUGGGUUCUUUGUUCUGAUUAUACAAAAUUCUUCCUUUAUAUCACUUCCUGGAGAUCUAUAACGGAUACAUGUUGCUGCUGUUUUAGGCUUGCUGUUUUAGGUUUGUUCAGAAGUAGAGAUUAUUAUUAACUAUUGUGAUGAGAUGAUGAGCUGCUUGUGCAUAAAAUCGUAUCCCCUCAGAGUUUGUUCAAGUCCACAAACCUCUGUCUGUGACGGAGCCCCUCAGACAUGACUCCUCUAGUCACUAGCAGAUUCCGACAGUGGUUGCUUUCGUAAUCGCUUCCAACAUAAAAGCUCCUUAACGGAAACACGUCUUCUGGACUCUCUGCGUGACAGUUUCCGGCGAGGAGUGGGUGUUCUUACAGGAGGUCCUGAAACCUCCCCACUGUUUUCGCUGGAAGUGUCUCUGAGCCAUCCCUCCAGCUCAGCUCCUCUCCCCCUGCUGGUUCCCUCUUCAGCUGCUGCGUCUCUCCCAACCUGUGUGAGCCCUUUCACCUCCCUGCUGGUUCCCUCUUCAGCUGCUGCGUCUCUCCCAACCUGUGUGAGCCCUUUCACCUCCCUUCCGUCCGAUGGCAGUUCCCUGACAUCCACCUCCCCUCCAGGGCCCCCUUCACCCCCUCUCGCCCCCUCCUCUACGGGCGGUGAGGAGGCAAAACCCGGAAUGAACUUCCUUCAUCUUCCGAUGUCUCGAACACUUCUCUCAACCUGUUGCGGUUCCUGGUCUCGAAGUACACCUCCUCCUCAGAGUCCAUCUCCCCUUCCCCUUCCGAGUCCGGGAAUCCUUCCAACUCCUCCCCUUUAUCAGUGGUCCCAAAGUAUUCCCUCCGGAACCUCUCCACAGGCUGAGGUUUCCUUGGGAACCUUUGAUGGAACGUUUCUAUCAAUACCUCGUCAUUGAUAUCUUCGGCCAUUACCCAAGUGUUUUCUGACUCCGGUUCUCCUUCCCACGCUACCAAAUACUCCACCUGAUCCCCCUUCCACCUGGCGUCGAGGAUUUCUGCCACAUGGCUGCUGCAUUCUCUUUCUUCUAUGACCGGUCCCCGGUGGCCAGCCCUUCUCGUCCCCCUUCGUACGGUGACAGUAACGACCUGUGAAAUACUGGGUGCAGUUUCAUGUGGUUGGGUAACCGGAGCCUGAAAGCCACUGGGUUGACCUGUUGAAUGACCUCAAAGGGACCCAACCUCCUGGGUCUUAAUUUCUUACAACCUCCUUUGAACGGCAACCCCUGGGUUGACAGCCACACCCUAUCUCCCACCCUUAUGGUUUCACCUUCCCUUCGGUUCUUGUCUGCCUGCCUCUUGUAUUCUUCCUUCGCCCUUUCUAAGUUGAGUUGGAGCUGACGAUGGAUUGCUUCCAUUUCUUCCACAAAAUGCUCGGCUGCCGGGACGCUCCAUCUCUCCCCAUCUNCCCUGGGAAAGCCCUGGGAUGACACCCAUAAUUAGCCAAGAAGGGGCUCAUCCCUGUGGACACAUUCUCGGCAUUGUUGUAGGCAAAUUCCGCCAGCGCCAACUUUUCUACCCAGUCAUUCUCUCUGUCAUUGACAUAACACCUCAGGUAUUGCUGGAGGACACCGUUUGCUCUUUCCGCCUGCCCGUUGGUUUCAGGGUGCCGGGCAGUCGAAAAAUUGACCUCCACCUGCAGUAAGCUCAUGAGCUUCCUCCAGAACCUGGAAGUAAAUUGUUUUCCUCGGUCUGAGACCACCCUCAAUGGCACCCCGUGCAACCUAAAAAUGUGUUCUACAAAUAACUUCGCUGUCUCUUCCGCCGUGACUGCAUGCGAGCAAGCUACAAAGUGGCACAUCUUUGUUAGUAGGUCUACCACCACCAUGAUGGCUGUUUUCCCUUUGGACUUCGGCAGAUCAGUCAUAAAAUCUAUCGACACUGCCUCCCCAGGUCGGUCUGGGGUUGGUAAGGGUUCUAAUAGCGCCGCCGGCGCCCGCCUUUCCCUUUGGCUCUCUGGCAUUGCUCGCACCCUCUUACAUACUCCACGUACAUCUUCCCUCACCUUAGGCCACCAAAAUUCCCUGGUGACCAACCACAUGGUUUUGUGUUGUCCAAAAUGCCCCGCCGUAGGGCUGUCGUGCAACUGCUUGAGUACCCUCCCCCUUAACUCUCCUUCAGGGAUAUACAGUGCCCCUUUGUAAUACAAAGCUCCAUUUCUUUCCUCGAAACCCCUUGGUUCCUCUCCCUCACUCCUAAGACCUCUGAGCUUAUUCUGGGCGUAUUCAUCAUUCUCUGUUUCCUCUACCAGUUCUCUUUGUCCCACCAAUGCCGCCCCACACACCCAGCGGUCCUCUGGAAUGACAUGUCUCUCUUCGGGUGCCCCAGCCCCUACCAAAUAUUCAGGUUUGCGUGAGAGAGCGUCCGGCGUCAUGUUCUCUGGGCCUGGCACGUAAUUAAUCUCAAAGUUAAAUUUGGAGAACUCCUGGGCCCAUCUCACUUGCCGUUGGUUGAGCACUCGUGCCGUCCUCCAAUACUCUAAGUUCUUGUGGUCAGUGCACACUUGCACCUUAUGUUGUGCGCCAAUUAGCAGGUGCCUCCAUCUCCGGAACGCCUCAUGAAUGGCUAGUAGUUCUCGGUCAUACACCGUGUAGUUCCUCUCGGAUUUGUUCAGCUUUCGCGAAAAAAAAGGCACACGGUCUCCACUCUGACCCCUUCUUCCCUGGCUGCAGAAGCACCGCCCCAAUCGCUCUGUCUGAUGCGUCAGUUUCCACUCUCAUUGGUUUUUGUAAAUCCACAUGCAGGAGUUGUUGUUCCGAGGCGAAGGCCCUUUUUAGUUCCUCAAAUGCUCGCUCCGCCUCCUCAGUCCACACGAACUUCUUCUUACUGCUGAGACAGUCCGUAAUGGGCGCCGUCAGGUGGGCAAAGUUUCGGAUGAACUUACGAUAGAAGUUCCCAAAUCCUAGGAACCUCUGCACAUCCUUCUUUGUUUUGGGUGUUUUCCAUUCCAGCACCGCCUGGACCUUGCCGGGAUCCAUGGCCAAUCCCUUGUCAGACAGGCGAUACCCCAGGAAUUCCACCUCCUUGGUAUGAAACUGACACUUCUCCAGUUUCACCCACAGCUGGUUGGCUUGCAGCCUGCUCCAACACUUCUCUGACGUCUCUCACAUGCUGCUCCUCAUUCUCAGAAUACACCAACACGUCGUCUAAAAGGCCACACAAUUCUUGUAAAGCAAAGGCCCCAGGACGUGGUUCAUAAACGAUUGAAAUGUUGCGGAGCCUGCUUGUAGGCCGAAGGGCAUAACCAAAUAUUCAAAUGCCCCUAAAGGGGUGAACAUAGUGGUUUUCCAUUCAUCCCCCUUCCUUAUUCGUACCAGGUUGUACGCCCCCCUUAGGUCCAGCUUUGUGAAAAUCUUUCCCUUCCGCACCCUUGUCAAAAUGUCGUCAAUCCUGGGCAUAGGGAAGGCUACUGGUUCUGACACUGCAUUUAAGGCCCUGAAGUCACACACCAGCCUCGGCUUGUUCGUGUUUUUCUUAUCCACAAAAACACUGGGCUGCCCCCACCGCCCUGGACUCUCUGAUGAACCCUCUCUUCAGGUUCUUGUCAAUGAACUCUCUUAACUCCUGCAUCUCUCUGUCUGACAUGGCGUACAGCUUGCCUACAGGGAGCUGUGCUCCAGGGAGUAAGUUGAUUUGACAGUCAAAGGGUCUAUGCGGGGGUAGUUGGUCAGCUUCCCUUUCGCUGAAGACGUCACGGAGAUCUGCAUAUUGUCGUGGUACCUUCACGUUCUCUGUUACUUCAGUCCCUGCUAGGGUGGCUUGGACCCCUGCCAAACCCUUUCCCUCUUUGCAGUGUUCUAAGCAAUGUGCUGAACCAAAAGAAACCACUCUCUGAUGCCAGCCCACCAGCGGAUCAUGUAACGCUAGCCAGCUCAUCCCCAAUAUAAUGGGAGCUCCUCCCAAGGUGGCCACAUUAAAAGCUAUCAGUUCGGUGUGCCUUGCUACCUUCAUUAUCAUUGGGACGGUCUGCAAGCUGACUUCUCCUCCCAACAGCUCCCUGCCAUCGAUCGUGGUCACCUGCAGGGGCUGCUUAAAGGAUCGUCUGUAUCUGGUGUUCAGCUGCAAACUCUUUGCUCAUGAAAUUGCAGGAGCUGCCUGAGUCCAACAGCGCCUUUAUCUUUAGAGGGUGUCCGUUUGGCAGCUCUAGCGUCACUUCUAUCACUAGGGCGGGUUUAGGAGGUUCUGGCGUGGGCACUCUCACUGCUCUUUGGCCUGGCUGCUGUGCCCCGACAGUGGCAGCCAGGCGUUGGCUUUUACUUGCUCCGGUAUAUCUUCCUCUCUUCCAUCCACAGCUCCUACCAUCCCUUGCCAUUCUUUCCUCUGGGGGCAGACUCUGGCAAAGUGACCUGGCUGUUGGCAGAGAUAGCAUUUCCGGGCGCCUUUUCCCUCCUUUUUUUCCCCCCUCACUGGGCUUUGAAACUGCGCGCGCGCGCGCUGUUCCGAUUUCCAUCGGCUCUGCCGGUGGGAAAGUUGGCUCUGGAAUGUCUGGAAUGCGGAACUCCUUCCAACGUUCCCCUUUCCCUUCCCGCCUCUCCAAUGCUCUCGCCUCCUGGCGCGCUCCUAUGGCCAGCGCUGAUUUGGUCAGCUGGUCCAUAGACUCCACCCUGGGCGCCCGGGAAAGUUCGUCUUUCACAGCCGAAGAAAGCCCUUCUUCAAAGAGCAUUUGAAUGGGUUCCGCCGAUAAGUCCCACCCCAAUCUGUGAACAAGCAUGGUGAACUCAGUCCAGUACUCACGGACAGAUCGGCUCCCCUGUUUGCAAGCCAUUAACUGUCUGCGCACCACUCCCUUUUCAAUAUCGCUGGAAAACAUCAGAUCCAUGGCGCGAAAGAACUUCAUUGUGUCCUUUAGGACGUCACUAUUCGCUGCCAUCAGGGGUCUAACCCAGUCUCUCGCCCCCUUUUCAAGAUGCUCAAUCACGAAAGCCACUCGUGAUUCCUCGUCAGGGAAUUCAUCAAACUGCAGAUUGAGGGCAUAUUGCAUUUCUGUCCGAAAGCCAUGAUAGUUUUUGGGCUCCCCCCCAAACUUCUGCACCAAUCCUGGUACCUUUCUGGCGAGCUGGGUGGCUUCCCCUUUUUGUCUGCAUCCUGAGCCCUCCUCUCCUCAAGCCUCGCCGUCUGCAUCGCUAGCUGGACCUCCAACACCCGGUACCUUUCUUCCAGGCUUGGACCCACUCCAGCUCCUGCUUCUCCGGUUCCGGCUGGGUUGCUCAUGAUGCCUUCUCCUGCACAAGCUGCUUUCAAAGACUGUCGGAAUGCUGUGAUGAGAUGAUGAGCUGCUUGUGCGUAAAAUCGUAUCCCCUCAGAGUUUGUUCAAGUCCACAAACCUCUGUCUGUGACGGAGCCCCUCAGACAUGACUCCUCUAGUCACUAGCAGAUUCCGACAGUGGUUGCCUUCGUAAUCGCUUCCAACAUAAAAGCUCCUUAACGGAAACACGUCUUCUGGACUCUCUGCGUGACAGUUUCCGGCGAGGAGUGGGUGUUCUUACAGGAGGUCCUGAAACCUCCCCACUGUUUUCGCUGGAAGUGUCUCUGAGCCAUCCCUCCAGCUCAGCUCCUCUCCCCUGCUGGUUCCCUCUUCAGCUGCUGCGUCUCUCCCAACCUGUGUGAGCCCUUUCACCUCCCUGCUGGUUCCCUCUUCAGCUGCUGCGUCUCUCCCAACCUGUGUGAGCCCUUUCACCUCCCUUCCGUCCGAUGGCAGUUCCCUGACAACUAUGUGCUCUUUUUUUAAAAAAAGGUAUAAUAUCAUUGUAUAAUAUAUUUUCAGAAAAAAAUAAUAUCAAUAACUAUGCUGGGUAAAGUAGCAAGAGCAAAUGUCUGCUUGUGUAAUGGGAUUUUUACAACUUCCUUCCCCCUCUAUCUCCUGCUCCCAAAUAUGUUCCAGGGGGGUUGGAGGACCUUCCAGAGCAAAUAUUGGAGGUGUGUCAGGGCGGAGGCAAGAGGGGCUAGGGCUGGAGUGGGGAAAAAGAAAGUUCCAUUGCAGAAAUUGAUUUCCAUGCACACAUGGGUGAACAUCACCGGAUAUUGCCCUUUAACUUCCAUAGCCCUUCCAGUGUUGACAGUUGGCAAAGUUAUUUAUUUUUUUAUUGAUAAGUUGGCAGUGCCACACAAAACCUAUGGGCCUCCAGAUGUGGUUGGACACCCAACUCCCAUCAGCUCCAGCCAGCAUGGCCCAAUGGUCAGGGAUGAUGGGAGUUGGAGUCCAGCAACCUCAGGAGGAGCACAGGUUUCCCACCCCUGCCCUACACCUUAGUGCUCUUUUGGAAAUCAAUAGUGGUUAAAACGACCUAACUUUAGCAGACUCAGCCUUGCAUUAUAUAAAAAGUAGAAUUCAGAAACAUGUUUGUUACAGAUGGUAGACCAUAAUCACUUUUCUUCCAGAAUACUGGAAAAUAGUGUCACACAGCAAAAUCAGCUUGACAAUUCCUUUUAAUCUGAGUGUUUUAAGUUAAACAGGGCAAACCCAAUAGGCUGUAUUGUUAGAUGUUCUACGGCGCUGGCAGUGGCUGGUUCUUAGUCAAUUCAAAACAGAGCUACAGAUAAUUGCAUUAAUAAAAUGUUCACAUCAUCCUGUUUCCUUUUAUUUAGGUUUUUUGUCCGUUCCUUGAUGAAAAUGGCAGCCAACAACGCAGUUUUGAACAGGCUGGAGCAGAAGGGCGCAGAAGCGGAUCAAGUUAUCGAAUACCUUAAGCAGCAAGUGGCUCUUUUAAAGGAAAAAGCCAGUAAGGCAUCAGUCUUUGACCUUAUCAUUUAAAUGUGCUUUGUCAUAAAACUUGCAUGCAAAAUCUGUGAGCAGAGUUGAGAAUUUUUUACUGUGAAUCUAGCCCAGUAUGUAAACCCCAGAAUUUAGGUUAUACCUUCCCUGCAGCAAGCAAUAAACGUGCUAAGUUUCCUAUCGUUUUAAAAAGCAAAGGAAUUACCAGGUGUCAAAACAGCAUUGAUACUUGGCAGGCCCCCAACCUUAAUUAUUGUCAUGGCUGUAAAAUGAACAAUUCCUGAAUUAACUUUUAUACUUGAUGGCACAAGGUCUUCUCUUCUCAGGGAAGGUACAUAUGGAAAAUGGUAUGCCGGGCCAUGUAGGGCUUUAUGGACAAUAAUAAACACAUUGAAUUAUAUAGAGAAAAUAAUUGUCAGCCACUGCAAAUUUCCAAGCUGUUUUCAAGAACAUCCUCUAUAGAGCGCAUUCAGUAGUCUAAACUGGGAGGCCAGUACCUUUGUGAUUUAACAAGGAAUAGGAGCCAGUGCAUAAAAUUCAGUUAAUAAAACAUUUCUAGCAACUAUUAUCUUCUGGACAUCCAGGUAGAGUGCCAGGACUAAAAGCAUGCCAACAUUUUAAAGCUGAUGCCAGCACGUUGUAGCAACCCUGAAAACUUAAAAUGGAGGAUUUUUACAGAGCAUUGUGCAUUGUGGUAUGCUGGAAUUGAUAUUCUCCUGUUUCUUCCAAACAAACAUAAGAUAGGUGUCCCAAUAUUGAACUCAUUUAAAUAGUAGGUGCUGCAGAAAUGUAGGAGAUGGUGUGCACAUUUGUAGCUCCCAACCACAAAAUGGAUUUGAAGUAUAGCAUGUAUAUUUUAAUGCCUUCCAAAAGAUGUGUGUAUCUUGAGAAUACUCACUGGAUAUUUUCAUACACGGUUCCUUCAAUUUAAUAAUACGGUAAAGACACAUGGUUCAAAUCUGCUUGUUUCCAAAAGUGUUUGGGUACUUUUUAUUUAUUCUGCUGGUUCCCAUAGAUUUUAAUUUAAAAGUUUUAGAGUUGUGGUGCUAGUUUGAAUUUUUGUAUAUUAGUGUGUAAACUGUCUUGAGAGCUCAGUUCAGGCCUAUUAAAUCAGAUCUGUGUCCCUCUGGAUUUUGUUGGACUAUAAUUCCUCUCAUUCUUCACUAUGUUGGCUUGCGCUGAUGGGAGUUGGAAUCCAACAGCAUCUUGAGGGUCGUUGGUCCCCCAUCCCUGUAUUAGAUGAAUAAAAAUGUAAUUCCUAUUCAUGGGGAGAGGAGAGUUAAAAUCCACAGGGUGCAGAAAUAUUAAGCCCUCUUUAAAGAGCAAGAUAGCAAACUCUUUCUCAUGUGUGUGAUACCAUAAAAGGGCCAAGUCCAGUCCUUCUCAAGGUGCAGAGAAUUCUGCUAUAACUAGAGCUGACUGUACUGAAUGGUGGCAUCCUCCUCUUAAAGAAAAAAUAUUGCGUGAGAGCUGUGUAAAUGUAAGCCACCUGACUCUGAAGAAUUUACAGUUUGCUUCUCUAGCAUUGUUAAAAGCCCACCAUAUAAAACCGUCUUAUAGAAAUCAGAUGAUUGAUCUGUCUCUACGCUUGACUGAAAGAAUCUCCCUAAGGUCUUGGUUAUAGGCUAUCCUACCCCUAAACCCAUAGUCCUUUAGCGAGAGAUUCUGGAGAUGGACAUACAACUUUAUACAUGUAGAUCAUGUGAUUGAUAACUAAGCUUUUAGCACAUGCUGUGAUAGUGCUAAUUAAUAACCUUGUGCAGCUUAUUGUGACUUUAAUAACCCUUCAACAAUUCGUCUGCAUGGAUUCUUAAUUGUUUGCUUUCAGCAUUGAUUUGCCCAAGAGUUGGUUAUGAUACCUAUGAAAUUCUUUGACUAGGUCAAGAUUAAAAAACCACAAAGCCCCAAUCUGUGUUAUAUAAUGAUCUAGAGCCCCAGUUGAAGCUCUUUAAGCAUAUUUUUUACCUUUUGUUAUGCUUAUGUGCUUGUGUACAUAGUUAUAUAUUCCAGUGGUUUAAAGCAGGCUUUACUGACCUCUAGCACUCUAUAAAGAUUUUUGGACUUCAACUCCCAUCAGGCCCAGACAUACUGCAUGUUGCUUGGGGCUGAUGGGAUUUGGAAUCCAAAACAUCUGAGGGGCACUAGAAGCUGACAAAGGCUGCGUUAACAUUUGUGGACUAUAGCACAAAGCGAAAAAUAAGUGUCUGCCACCUUUUUGAUUGUAUUAUCUCCAGGUCCAGGGUUUUUAGCAUAUUGUUCAAUGUGUCUGAACCAAAGCCUCACAUUAAAAAAUUAAAAUUCCAAAGGAGUCAUUUUGGCCUAGGAUCAACAGACAAAUGUUCUGUUUAUAAAUAUAGGAGAUCAAACCUUUCAACAGUUUCUGCAUUGCCCUCAGGUAGUGCCUCUAGAGUUCAUUUCACUAUAGUUUACAGAGAAAUGCUCUGUCAUCUUCCUUCCACCCCUGCUUUCCUGAUGUAGUUAUAAGGAAGACUUUUAAACUAAAGAAUAAACAGUUUGGCUAUGCAUUCCAUUGUAAUAGGCAUACAAUACAGUUCCAAAUUGUAUUCCCACAAGAACCUUAGAGCAACAGCUCAUUUCUCAGAGCAGGUGCCAAGGAAAAGGGGAGCUGGGGGGGGGAGGUGCCCAAUGUGAUUAAAAAGUCCAAUUCUAGCUAUGCUGUGGAAUUAAUUGAAAAAAUACCUAAGACUCAGCAGUAGUAACAGAUAUUAGUGUGUCAUUUUGACAUUUGUGUGGGAUGGUAAAAUAUCUUUAAUAACUGAGAAAACUGAGGUGUUAAGUAGCUAUAUAUGGGCAUUCUGUGGAAAAGCAAGGGAUAGAACUCACAUCUCCUGCUCUCAUUUCCAGAACCUUAAUGGAAAAAACAUCUUUCCUUUUAGUUGCUAUGUUGAGACUUUCUCUGUUGUCACGACUUUCCCCCCUCGUUUGCUUUUUUUUAAAAAAGCUGAUAGUUUCCGAUUUCCCCCCUACAACAGAAUCAAUCUGGAAUUUGAGCACUGCAAGAAACUCCUAAUGUGCUCUGUAGUCCCGUAUUUUUUUUGUCUUAAUUUGAUUAUUGCCCUAGGUUUUUUUUUAAUAGGAAAGGAUUUUUUUUUUAAAGAAUAUUUAUUCCAAUUUUAAGAUUACAUAGAAAGAAAAAAGCAAAAAAAAAGAAAAACAAAUCACAUACACCCUACAAAAAAACACCACACAAUACAGAAAAAAAUACAAAGGACAAAAAAUCACAAUACAAAAGUAACAAAUAUCAAAUUAAACCAUUAAGAUCAUUUUCCCAUUUACUUAUUUCCAAGACUUCCUCUCACUUCUCUGCUUUGUAUUCUAAUUUAAAUCGUAUCUCCAGCAAACCCUUCUAACCUUCUUUUCAUUUACUUAAUUUAACAUUCAAAAAUAUUUAAUUCUCCUCUAUUUUUUAUUUUACACUACAUAUUUCCUUAUUCCAUUAUACUCUGUCUGCCAAUACGGUCUAAUGUUCUUCUCCAACCUUUUCUAGCAUUCUUUUAUAUUACAGUAUUUCUGAAGAUAUGUUUUAAAUUUUUUCCAAUCUUCUUCCAUCGACCCUUCUUCUUGGUCUCGUAUUCUGCCGGUCAUCUUAGAGGGGGGGAGCAUAAAGAAGAGCACUAAUGCAUGAAUUGUGAUUCUUCUGUUUUUUGAAGUUUUAAGAAUAAGUGGGUCUUAAGUCAACUUUAAACCCUUAAACCCUGAAUUUCAGAGUUGUGAAAUUAAGCUUUCCCUUUAUGACAGUAUUGUGUAUGUGAUUCCUAAUGGAGAAUUUGUCUCCUGUAGUCUUGCAGGCAUCCCUGAGGGAAGAGAAGAAGCUUCGUGUAGAAAACGCUAAACUGAAGAAAGAAAUUGAUGUGCUGAAACAAGAAUUGAUCCAGGCUGAAAUUCGGAAUGGAGGUGACUGAAAUGGGGUUGGGGGUUGGGAGAGCAAUGUCGUCUUAAGCAAGUGUGGCUUCUUCAUUCAGUCUGCAGAACACUCAUUUCCCAUACCAAGCGGAGAAAUAUUUGGGAGGCACUGAAGGGACAAAGUGUAUUUUGGGGUGUAGAGGAAUAUUUACCCUAAUUCUUAGAUUUAUGAAGAAAAAUAUUGGUGGUAAGCUACUUGUCUGGGUAGUAUUCACUACCUGUCUGACACCACCUAUACAUUUUCUUCUACUGCAUCAUAGCAAACCAUAGUAACAUUUGCAUGCUACACUUUCUAAAAUGUUACUCUACAUGCCUUUAGGAUCUGGAAUGUUGUGAGAGGUGAAGUUGAGCCAGCAGACAAACUGGAGCAUCAAGAAUCAAUCUUGGGUGCUCCUUUUAUCAAAUUUGCAAAUUCUAAGCUGUUUUGGUUGAAAACUGGUGGUGGAGGGGGGAAAGGGAUAAACGGGAAUUUUAUUUGUGCGUGCAUGCAAAAUACAUACAACCCUUAUAAGUGACAUUUUCUUCUUAAUUCUAAAGAAUGGGGGGAGCUGUCCCAGGGGGCAGGAGACGAAGAGGAAAUCCUGUUGCACAAGCAGAAAUCCGAUUGCAUGAUAUUGGAAGCCAUUAUCCACAUUUUGCUUCCUUCAAAAUUGUGCAUACAAAAAUAUUUUCUGUGAGCCUCUGAGUACAUAGAAAUCGCCUAAGUUUGUAACUUACAAACUUAAUUUUAUGCUUGCCAUAGUGUACUAUGAACUUUGUGUACUAGGGACUUUGGCUACAUGCAGCCAAAUGAGAUGAUAUCAUCCAAAGGAUAGGUGGUGUUAUCACUUAAAGAGUGUGUGUGGUGCACUCUGCAAGUAAAAACCUUGUCUCAUUGGAAUGGAUGGGUGGAGAAGAGAAAUGUUUUAGCCCUGUCCAAUCCUUGUUGUGUUAGGGGAACACUCAACUGUAAACCAGGUCAAAAGCAUACGUUAGUAACAUUAUACUAAUUUUAUGUACCAUGUUAGUAAUAUUAUAUUAUGUUAGUAAUCUUAUACUAAUUUUAUGUACUAUGUUAGUAAUAUUAUAUCAUGUUAGUAAUCUUAUACUAAUUUUAUGAUGUGUUUGUCCUCUAGCUUGGUAUGAAGCUAUUGUCCAAAUCAAUAACUUUAACCUAUUGAUUUUUAUAUUUCAGUGUAUUGUUUCUAACCUAUUUUAAUCUGCUGACUAAAAUGCCACAUUUAGCUAAGGCUACAAUCUAACUUGGAAGCAAGUCUCAGUUCAAUCAGAAUUUAUUCUAAUUAACGUGAUUGGCACAGUUAAUUCUUGCUGCUAUCAACAGUGUGAUUGCCUAUUAAUUCUCAUGAUGCUUACCCAUAAAAGCCAGAAGGAUUAAAUUUAAUAUGUGUAAGUGAACCCAGACAUUUGGAGAUGACAGAAUCCCAAUAUUGAAAUUUAUCCCUGCAUUUUAUUACUACUAAUAUUUCACAAAACCUUUGAAACCUACAGGACUCUCGUUUUUGAUUAAUGGAUUGAAUUUUAGCAUUUUAUACAUUUUAUUAAAUAAAUGUAUAAUAUUCCUGCAUUAAAUAUAUCUUGGAAAUGUUUUGAAUCUUUCUUUGUGUUUAAUGUAGUGAAACAAGUCUCUCUGCCGUCCAGUGAAACACCUUCUGCAACAGCAUCCUUUUCAGAAGAAGUCUCUCAGCCUGCCGCUGCUGCAGCGGCCCCAUCUGGUCCUAAAGACCAAAUUAAAGGAACAAAUGAAGAAAAGAAGAAAAAGGACAAGACGGAAAAGAAAGGUGAUUUUACAUAUGCUACUUGGAAAUGUUUGAAGUUCAGUUUCAUUAAUAAACAUCAGAAAGGAAUGUUAUCAAGGCAGAAGUUUUUCAGGAAAAUUAUUCCGGACUAGGUUAGGCAAGGUGGUAAGUGAAUGUAGCUUAUGUGAAAUAAAAGCUCGGAAGUAACUAAUGAUUUCCAUUUAAAAAUGCUCCUAAAUUUCCAAAGUAAUUUAGUUUAAUACCAUAUCCUUAGAAAUGAAAAGAGAAUUAUUAGAAUUGGAGGAAACAAGUGGGGACACGAAACAAACCUGUAUCCCCACUUCUUGUUCAGUGCUCCAGCCAUCUUGGAAUAGGGGCCAUAUAGUCCGGGGUGGAUAAUAAUAAUAAUAAUAAUAAUAAUAAUAAUAAUUUAUUUAUACCCUGCCCAUCUGGCUGGGUUUGCCCAGCCACUCUGGGCGGCUCCCAAGAGAAUUAAAAGCACAAUAAAACAUCAAACAUUAAAAGGCUCCCUAAACAGGGCUGCCUUCAGGUGUCUUCUAAAAGUCAGAUAGUUGUUUAUUUCCUUCACAUCUGGUGGGAGGGCGUUCCACAGGGUGGGCGCCACUACCGAGAAGGCUCUCUGCCUGGUUCCCUGCAACCUCACUCCUUCAGGGAGGGAACCGCCAGAAGGCCCUUGGACAAUGGGGGUGGAGAUGCUCCUUCAGGUAUGCUGGGCUGAGGCCAUUUAAGGCUUUAAAAGUCAGUACCAACACUUUGAAUUAUGCUCAGAAACAUACUGGGAACCAGUGUAGGUCUUUCAGGGUGGGUGUUAUAUGUUCUCAGCGGCCACUCGGAGGGGGGGGGGCAGGGGGAAUCAAGAGGAGGAUGUCCUGAACCUAAGUGAUUUAUUGCCAUGUAGGUGCAGUUGAUCAAGAAGAGUUCCUGGUCAAUGGGAAUGGGGGGAAAAUAUCUUUCCCAGCUUCCUUCUUCCUUGAUCCUAAUACUGUUCACUAAGUAUAAGCCCAAGCAGGCAAGAUUACUUUCAUUGCCACCUCUUUCCCCUUUUUCACAACUGAUACCCUUAACAAUCUAGGGAGCGGUCCGUGGUUUAACUGUCCUCAACAUUCCACAGUCCUUGAAGAACAAGGACUACUGAGAACAAGUCCUCAGCAGGCCAAUUGUGAAGGUUCUAGCCUACUUGCAGUAGAUUGAAAUUAAUGGACCCAAGUUGGUUAGGUCCAUUAUGAAUCUUUGUUUUUUAAAGCUAUAUUUACAAGUUAAUAUAUUUCUGUGAUUCUAGGGAUCCCGUCAGGUAUGCAGAAACUGUAAACUUAUUUUUGGGUAGGUGCAUUUUGCUUCUAAGCAAGACAUUAAAGGAAAUGGUACCAUAAUUCUAUCUAGUUAUCCAUGUUUAAGGAAGCCUGUUGUCACACAGUUGUAAUAUUUUGGGUCUCUGUUUUGAAAUCAAAGAAUGUUAAAAUGUACCGUGGGAUUUCUUUUCAGACAGGGAAAAAGAAAACUUGCUUGAUAUGCAUUCCAGGGGAUGUGUGUGCCUGUGUAAUUAAAUGGCUUCCGAUUUUGUUUUAGCAGAAAAGAAGGAGAAAAAGCAGCAGUCAGCUGCGAAUGAUGACUCAAAGCCUUUAGAUGUUUCCCGACUUGAUUUUCGAAUUGGUUGCAUCACAGCAGCAAAGAAACACCCAGAUGCUGAUACUCUGUAUGUUGAGGAAGUUGACGUGGGAGAAACAAACCCUAGAACUGUCGUCAGUGGUCUAGUGAAACAUGUUCCUUUAGAAGAGGUACAUAAAGAAUUCCUUUGAUACUUCUUUUUCUUUGCUAAAUAAAGUUUAUUUUAAAUAUUUAAAAUUGGUUUUUUAUAAUAAUUCAGCAUUUAGUUUUGGCACUUAAAGUUAUGCAGCAGAUGGAUACUGAAAUAAUCUCAAGUUCACGAACUUAUUACUUAAGAAACAAAUUAAAUAGAGGGGAGCCAAAACAAAUCUAGCUUCUGCCAGCGUCAGAAUCUGACUCCAGCAACAACCCAAUGAACCUUGGUGGUCCUCUUCCUGUAUGCAGCACACCUGGAGUAGCCAGUAAUAACUUCUCAGUCUGCAUCUUCCUGGCCAAGGGUGGGGGGCCUGUGCCCCAGCAAAUGUUGCUAGACUACAGUUCCCAUCGUUCCUGAUCAUUGUGGCUAUGGCUAAUGGGAGUUUGAACCCAACAUCUGCAGGACCACAGGCUCUCCCCCUCGGUUCUAGGCAUAUUUCAAUGUGCUCUUCUGCUCUUUUUGCCAUAUAUAAGAUGCUGCAGCAAGCGGGUCAAGGUACGAUGUCUCUUCAUCUUUAACCAAGUAGUAAUGUCACUUGAGCUAUUGCAGCCUGUCUGUCAAGCAGAGGAUGCACUAAGAAUGCCUUUCAUUCAUGUGUAAGGCAUAGCGAUAUUUCCCAGAAGCAUAUGCAGUUUUCUUUUCUUGGGAUUUAAGAAGCCCCUAGCAGGGAGGAAAUAUGAAACAGUAUUCUAGGCUGGAUCUCUACGCUGGAACUAGACACUUCAAAGAAGUGAUUCACUUAAAUGCAUUGUCAGCUUCAUACAGGGAAAUCCCGUUGGUGAAACUCAACAGCGCCAUCUGGGGUCAUAGUGUUAUAACCCCUAUAAAGCGCUUUAUCUUUGUGAAUGUAGCUGAGUCCCUAAUUCUGCUAUUUGAUAGCAAAACACACCUAAUGUUCUGGGUAAUUUUGAGUAAAUGUGUAAUUUGAAAUUAUUUCUUGUAAUACUGGUGGAGGAGGCAAAAAAAAAUAUUUUGGAUGUAAACUUCUCUUCUUAACUUACUGCUGGAAAAUGCUCAACUUUCAUAUAUGUCCUUUGUCCAUUUUGAAGGAUGGAGACAUACCUUGAAGGAAAUCAGGAGCGCCCAUGUACACUGUCACUUGAAUGAUAGAAUCAUAGAAUUUUAGAGUUGGAAGGGUCAUCUAGUCCAACCCCCUGCAAUGCAGGAAUCUCAAAUAAGGCAUUGGUGACAGAUGGCCAUCCAACUUUUGAUUAGAAACCUCCAAGGAAAGAGAGUCCACCACCUCAAAAGGGAGUCCAUUCCACUGUCGAACAGGUCUUACCGUCAGAAAGUUCUUCCUGAUGUUUAGUUGGUAUCUCCUUUCUUGCAACUUGAAUCCUUUGUUUCAAGUCUUACCCUCCAGACUAUUUAGGUAGGAUCUGUGUAGUUACUUAGUAAAGGGACCCCUGACCAUUAGGUCCAGUCGCAGACGACUCUGGGGUUGCGGCACUCAUCUCACUUUAUUGGCCAAGGGAGCUGGCCAGCAUGACUAAGCUGCUUCUGGCGAACCAGAGCAGCGCACAGAAAUGCCAUUUACCUUCCCACCAGAGCGGUACCUAUUUAUCUACUUGCACUUUGACGUGCUUUCAAACUGCUAGGUUGGCAGGAGCAGGGACCAAGCAACAGGAGCUCACCUCGCCGCGGGGAUUCGAACUGCCGACCUUCUGAUCGGCAAGUCCUAGGCUCUGUGGUUUAACCCACAGUGCCACCCGCAUCUGUGCAGCUACUUAAGGCAUGCCUAAAGAUUGAGGAGUGCAAUUCUUCUUCUUUGCCCUUUUUUGGCAUUGUCCUCCUUUUCAGCCUCCCCCCCAAAGUUCAGGAAUGUUUGAAAAACUCACCUAAGUUUCAGAAGAGGUUUGCCAUGAGCAAGGGUUGUAGCUCAGUAAACAUGGGCGCAGAAUUCCCCUAGACCCAUGGAUAGCUGUGUUUGCAUAGAGCACUCAUUAGGAUCUACUGCUCACUUUUUCUCUUUCCUAGGAAAUAUAAAAAGGACAUUCCAUCCCCAUAGUCAGCUCUGUGUGUGUUUUGGUAGUUAUAUUAUACCAGCAAUUGCAAUAAAAAUAUGAGAGACUGUUUGUUGUUGGCUUCAUCUGUGUCCCAAUAUGUUUUGAAGCAUCUAGGGCAUUGUGUUUUGCCUCUUACAUAAAAUACAGUGGACUCUCCGCAAUCCAGACAGCUUGAAGGACACCCACACUAUACGGAACUGCAGUAAGGAAAACAUCCUUUCUGGCUGAACAUAUUGAAAUAAGCCAGAUCCUGAAUUUUAAGCAAUAUUUAUCCAAUAUAAUAUUCAGGAAAGGAGAAGGAAUUCUCUUCCUUGUUCUGACAGUUCCUGGCGUUCCAAACAUCCCUUUAGUACCUCAGUUUAAGACAGCUGGGACUGCCUUAAAUUUAUCCAACAGUUAAUUGUAAUCAAUGAAAUCCCAAUGAUUUUAAGGCAGACUGUUGCAUAUUUUUAUACAUAAGGUGGUUAGAAAUGGGCUGCAGCUUCCAACCUAAACUUAUUAAUGUCUAAUAACCAUUUUUAGUCUCUUUCUCCUCAAGUUGGCAAAUGUAUUAAUUAAAAUCUGCUGCUUAAAUUACAAUUUGUAUGGAAACACGAACAUCGGUUUGUAUGCCUGGUAGGUUUUUGAAUAUCAUCAGUAACUUUAUUGUCAAAGAUCUUUUUUGAUUUCUGUCUAUUAAAAGAACAACAAUCUGUUUUCUUGACCAAGUUGUUAGCUGCAGUGUUUGCUAAUGAGGCCUCAUUGUUCUGCUUAUUCAUUGUAGUCUUCCCUAGUGGGCGGGGGGGACCCAGAAGCAUUUGUAGUUUUAAAUAAAUAAAUUGCAGUGCACAUUAUGGACAACUGUUUUGAUAAAAUAUGCUUCCAAAAUGUCCUCCUGUCUUUGGAUUAAUUACAUCCUGAAUGGUAAACCACCUGGGCAUGCUUUCUCUGAUUAGUUUAGAAGGAUGUUUUUACAAAAAUUCCUUAAGUAACUGUUAAAAGUUGGAACCCAGGACCACAAAGAAUGGAAAGUCAGUAAAAAAUUGUUUCAGCCAUUAUACCCAAGCACCAGGACACAAUGUUGUCUUUAUUGCACCCUCUUGUGUGUCUGUAUUAGAAGACAGUUAUCCUUAAUUGUUUCCUGGCUUUUACUACUGAAUUAGUCUUGAAAGAAUGUUAAUUGUUGCUAACAUAUUUGUAUCUGCAUACUUGGUGUUUUUGCGUGUUUUCCUGUGUGCAGUUGCAUGCAUUAAUUCCGCCCCCCCCCCCUUGCUUCCUCAUUGUGAAAUAAAUGCAGAGAAGCCUAGCUAAAUUUCAUUUUUGUUUUGACUUACAUCCCAUGUACAGAUGCAAAACCGGAUGGCAAUAUUUCUCUGUAACCUGAAGCCAGUGAAAAUGAGAGGAGUUUUGUCCCAAGCCAUGUUGAUGUGUGCUAGCACGCCAGAGAAGGUGGAGAUUCUAAUCCCUCCUAGUGGGGUUGUUCCUGGAGACAGAAUUACAUUUGAAGGUUUUCCUGGUAAGCAAAAGCAUCUUGGAGAUGGGGAUAUCAGAAGAAAUUACAGAGGAAAUAUAUAUAUCAACAUGUACAGAAAUGAAAUUAUCCAGUACUUUUAUCAUUAACUCUAAUGAAUGAAAUAAUUCUUCCCUGUGACUGUAGCCCAGUGCAUGCACAAUUUGCUGAAAAUAAGUUCGCUUUUUCUCUGCACCCACCUAUACCCCACAUGAAGGAACUUUGAAAUGCAUUUGUGAAUUGUGUGAGAGGUUGUUGGUACUUGCAAAGAGGAGGAGGAGGGUGUCACUAUCAACUUGCAGAGACUGGUAGAAGAACUUGUUAAGCAGUGUCUGACAAAUGGAUGGGUUUGCACAAAAUAAACUUUAUUUUUUAAAAAAGGGAUAAAGCUGUCCUGUAUUUGAAGGAACUAGACACUGCCAGGCUGGGGAAUACUUGAGAAUUGCCCAGGAAGUUAGUGCUUUAAUGAAGUACAAAAUUUUCAUAUUGAAAAAGCGUGAAAGAGCAGCACCAAUUAGGAGGUAUAAAUGAUGGUGUAGAGAGUGUACCAGUGGUAUAUUUUUACUGAGAGAUUGUAGGGAAAGAACUGGUGCAUAGGAAAGAAAAUGAAAUGCUUCCAAUAAAAUGGUCUUGGUUCAGAUAAACCGUUAAGAAUAGAGAGUUGUAUCCAACUCUUUUAUUAUUAUUUUUUAGAAGACAUCUGAGGGCAGUCCUGUUUAGUGAAGUUUUUAAUGUUUGAUGUUUUAUCGUGUUUUUUAUAUUCUGUUGGGAGCCUCCCAGAGUGGCUGGGGAAAACCAGCCAGAUGGACGGGGUAUAAAUAAAUAUUUUAUUUUAUUUUAUUUUAUUAUUUUAUUUUUAAUAUGAGUGAACUUUCUCUUCCUCCUGUGUUCCUCCUGUGCCACUUAACCCCCUGUCUGCUCUGGAGAAUCCCACAACUAUACAGACCAGAUUUUUAUUUUUAUUUGGAGGGGGACGCAGAGGGAAAAGGAGAGGAAAGGGAAAUGCUGUUGCUAGGGCAUAAAUUUGUCCCUCUUGUGCAAGAGCAUGGUUUAGUGCAACCCAGGGCUAACUUUUCUUGGAUUUCUAGUGACUUUACAACAUGAGUUGAUGGUUCAUUGGUUGCAGAUUUGUAACUGAUGAGUUUUGAGCCCAUGCCUAAAUGGUAAUCCUGUGCCUGCCUGAUGCUCUUUGGAAGUGAAUUCUGCAGGACAGCUGCCACCAUACUAAAAAGGCUCUUCCCUUAGUAGACAUAAGACAAACUUCCAGAGCUUACAACAUUACCAAAAGUGUCAUUCCUGAGGAUCUAAGAGGCUGGGCAAGGGUAUAUAAUAAGGAGUUCUUGGAGGUAACUUGGUGCCAAGUUAUUUAGAGUUUAUAUGCCAAAAGCAAGACAUAGGUGUCAUGCAGUGUCGGUACAGCAUUCUGCACCAGUUGCAACUUCUGGACCCAACCUUAAGAGAAGCAACACAUAGAUUGCAUUGCCAUAAUCUUAACCUAGAAGCUACUUUAUUUUCUAGCAAAGGCAACAUAUAUAUUUUUUGUCAUCGAGAUUUGGAGAAAAGAGAGAACAACACAGCCCGUAUAUUAUCCAAGAGCAAUCAAAUUGGCUGUUUCCCAUUGAUCUGGCAAUAUAAUAUGAGAGGCUUAAUACCACAAACAUAAAAUCAAAGAAGGCAUUGCCCAACGAACUCUGCAGUCAAUAACAAACCAGCUUUUCAGUUGAAGCCGAAAUUGUGUUGCCGUUUGAGCCAAAAAACACAUCUUGUCAAACAUUCUGUAUCCCUGCAAUGAACUGCCAUAUGCCUCCCAGCGGAAUUGGCUUAAUGGAUAUGUGUGUCCACUGUUUGUCCACAUUAGAGGAUGAUUAGAUUAGAUUUGCACUGCUUCUAAAUGUAGAGAUUCCAUGUGUGGCUCUGCUCUGACAUUUAUUGAACUGAUGAGAGCAUAUGCCUUUAGAUGUUGUCAAAUGGCUUAAAAUGCAGGUUCAUGGUUGCAAUAAAUAUUUUUUUAUUAGCAAGGGCUAUAGUGGCUUCUAGGACAGUUAACAACCGCACUAAAAGUACUGUUUAUGCAUAAUUGCAAAGUGUGCACACUGCCCAUUUAGCUAUCAGAAUUGAAAAGAGUGAUAGAUUAUACCAAAUUACAUCACCGCUUUUAAAAUAAAAAUGUCUGGGGGAAGAAAAACUGCAGUUAAUGGUUCUUUCCCCUAGGGCCUAUUAUCCCUAAAUGUCAACCAAACAAAUGUUUUCAUUCCCAGAGGUUAAAUUCUAAAAUUCUACAGACACAGUUUUUUGUUUGCUUGCAUGAAAUUAGAUUUAUGUGUGGAAAUCACAUGAUUAUAACCCACCAUAUUAUAGUUUCUUGGGCGUUCCUCCUUUCAAGUUUGUGUGUGUGUGUGUGUGUGUGUGUGAGAGAGAGAGAGAGAGAUAGAGAGAAUUUACUAAACAUGUAAACAGUAUUUGAUUGAUGAAUUGUUCUUUUACAAGUCCUUUUAAAGUUUCCAAUAUGAUGUUAAUUUUUUAAAGGAGAAAAGUGUCAUCAGUCAUAGUUUAUUUUCUAGCUAGUUCUGAUAAAUGAAGAGUUGUUGUCUGUCAUUUCUAAACAAAACAGGGGCAUGAUCCAUAAAUAUAUGCCUUUUUAAAGUGUCAGUGAAAACAUUUUUCUACUUUGACUUGCAUAUCAAACUAUAGCAUAAACCAGGCCCUCCAGAUGUUUUGGACUACAAGUCCCAUCAUCCCUGACCACUGGUCCUGUUGGCUAGGGAUCAUGGGAGUUGUAGGCCAAAACAUCUGGAGGGCCGCAGGUUGGGGAAGCCUGGCAUAAACCAUAGUAGUACUUCUGAAAGACCAUCAUUUCAUGUAUUCUUGUGAGUUGACUGUCUUCUUAAUCCUAACAUCAUUUCCUUCUCUCACACUUGCCUAAAUGCUUGUAAAUGAUUCUGUUAAAAGCUUACUGCUCAUCUAUUUCCGUUUAGAACUUUGUAUUAGGAAAGCAAAGGAAUGUUCAAUUGCCAUCCCCCCCCCAAAAAAAGCAAAACAAAAAACAUGCCCCUACAAGUGUUCUAAAUCAUUGUUAAAUGUGAGUUUUAUUUUAAUGUGCUUUUGUCCUUAUUAAAAAUAACCCCAUUACACUUUGAGAAAAGCACUUGAAGCUCCAGUUGUUGUUUCCUUUUGGGGAUGCUUAGGGUCCAGUUGUAAUUGGAUAUGGCUUUAUUGUGGGUUGUAGUUUUAUUUUUAACUGGAUUUUAUUGUUGUAUCUUAUUGAUUUAUAGUCUGCUUUUGACAAAGUACUUCACCAAAGACCUCUGUGUAAACUUUGCAGUCAUAUAAGAAGAGCAGAGGUCCUCUUUUGGAUCAGGAAUUGUUCAAGUUGCAGGAAGCAGGGAGUAAGAAUAAAUUAACAGUUCUCCGAAUGGAGAAAUAUAGAAAGUGGAGGCCCCCCCCAAGGAAUGGUAUUGGGACCUGCGCUUUUUAGCUUGUUCAUAAAAGAUCUAGAACUGGGGGUGAGCCAAUGAUGAGACAGUAGCCCCCCACCUAUGCAAGGGUUUGGUUCCAGGGGCCUGUUUGCUGUCAGAGACCUUUCACUGCCUUCCCCAAGCCCAGUAAGCAAGGAAAAAGCUCGCUGGAAGCAUGGGUGGGGAAAUGAUAAAUAAAUGGAGAGCUGAGAGUGGUGGUUCUCCCUGUUGUUGUUGUUUAGUCAUUUAGUCAUGUCCGACUCUUCGUGACCCCAUGGACCAGAGCACGCCAGGCACUCCUGUCUUCCACUGCCUCCCACAGUUUGGUCAAACUCAUGCUGGUAGCUUCGAGAACACUGUCCAACCAUCUCAUCCUCUGUCGUCCCCUUCUCCUUGUGCCCUCAAUCUUUCCCAACAUCAGGGUCUUUUCCAGGGAGUCGUCUCUUCUCAUGAGGUGGCCAAAGUAUUGAAGCCUCAGCUUCAGGAUCUGUCCUUUCAGUGAGCACUCAGGGCUGAUAUCCUUCAGAAUGGAUAGGUUUGAUCUUCUUGCAGUCCAUGGGACUCUCAAGAGUCUCCUCCAGCACCAUAAUUCAAAAGCAUCAAUUCUUCGGCGAUCAGCCUUCUUUAUGGUCCAGCUCUCACUUCCAUACGUCACUACUGGGUCAGUUCUCCCUGACUCUCCAUUUAUUCCCCCCCCAACCAAUAUAAGGUGAUCGCAUAAGUAAAGCGAGCGCAAGUUGCAUGCUUACUGUACUAAAUUGUUCAGGGUCAUUAAAACGAAGAGAUUCUGAAGAGCUCCAGAAGGAGCUCUCCAAACCGAGUGGAUGGGCAAUAAAAUGGCAAAUUAAGCAAAGUGAAGCAAGUGUCAAGUGAUGCACAUUGAGGCAGAAACAUCUUAGUUUUACAUAUAUUCUCAUGGGCUGUGAACAAACCCAGGAACCUUGAGGUCACAGUAGACAGCUGGAUGGAGAUAUUGACCCAGCAUGCGGCAGCUUUGAAAAAGGUGAAUUCCCUGCUUCAGUUCAUUAAGAGAAGAAUUGAAUAUGCCUCUGGAUACCAGUUGCUGGAAAUUGCAGGCAGGCAGAGUGCUCAGGUCCUUCUUUGUGGGCUACCCAACCAAGAUAACAGGAUGCUGGACUAGAUGGGUCAUUGGCCCAAUUCAGCAGUCCCAUCUUACUUUUUCAAGGAAAGGAGAAUUGGAAUACCCCCCCCCAUAUAAAUUGAUUAUGAAAGAGUCUCGUCUUUUCCCACCCCAAUCUGUAUUACAUACAUGAUUCAAAGGUUGCACUGAGGAACUAGCCAGUGUUGCGUGAGAGAAGACUUUGUGAACUUUACCACUGCUUCCUUUCUGAUAGGAAACCAGAGAUAACUCAGGAGUUUUAAUAGUUCCAAGUGAAGGAUUUAUAACCCAUUUUACGUAAGUUCGGUCUUCUGAGGCUAUAUAUCUUAGCUGCAGAAUAAAACAGUGCUCCCUAAAGCACCAAAGGGAAAGAACUGCUCACAAAUCUGGUAGCUGCGAAAUAAAGGCAGUAUAUUCUCCGAGAAUAUGCUGUACCAAAUAGUGCAAGAGUCUCAUUCUGACACCACAGCACAUUUUUAUUUUGUAUUAAUUCUCCUGAUACUGUGGUAUAGGGUAAAUAAAUAUAUGAAUGGGGGGAGGGUCUCUAUAGGAAGAUGACUAAUUUGCAAAAAAAUGAAAAAUAAAAAAGGCAAAGGUGGUGGUGGAGAAAAGAUGAAUGAUGUAGAACUGUUAGAGCUGCCUCACUUUUUUAACUGAACCAACCAGCUUAAAGAGAGUGUCCCAACUUUAUUGCUUCCUUUAUUUGUAGAUUUAUAUUGUGCUUUUUGAUUGAAGCCCACAGAGCAACUCACAUCAUGAAUAUAAUGCAAGUCAUACAUUAAAAGCCAGAUACUUAAAAUAAAACAAGACCAACCCAGCUGGAGCAGGUGCCUGAUGUGGUCUUUGCCUGCUUCCAUCUCUCUCUCUCUCCUCUUCUUUCGCACCUAGCAGUUGGUCUUAGCUGUCUUGAAGAGGGAAAGGGGGCAUCAACUGCAAAAGCAACUUUGAGGAAGUGCAGGGCAAGGAAGUACAAGGAAGUGCAGUUUAUAUUUUUGAACAGCACAUUGGAUCGCUUUCUCUUUUUAACCGUUGGUGUAUACCAUGGCUCCUUGCUGGCGAUUGGAACAUACUUUUAUUUACAUAAUAACCCACGACAUCUGGAAAGUUUGAGUAAGGACACAGCGCAUGCUGUAAAAUUCCUUCUGAAACCACAACCUGCUGGUUUAGCCAUUAGUGGCUCGCGCUGCUGAAGCUUAAACGUGAUCCAGGGCCUGUGAAGCCCUGUUGUUAAUUCCCAGUGAAUUUGGGUCCAGCCACUUGCUUUUACCAGAGGAGCAGAAAUACUCAAGUGUAGCGCUCUGCUGUGCCUCAUGGCAGCCUAGAAGUAGUUCUUCCAGGAAAUUUGCCCUGACAUACUUGCGCAUAUCAUUUACUUGCAUUCAUGCAAAGACAGGAGCUGUGCGCAGCAAUCUCUGGAUUCAGUUUGGGAGCUCGUUGUCUUCUUUUUUUUUUUAAUUAUUUGGUUUUUCAAAUUGACAUUUUACAGAGAUAUAUCAAACAUAAAUAAUAAUAAAAAGGUUCCAAGAAAUCUCCUGGACUUCCAUCCUCCUCUUUGUGGGUCCUAUUAUUAAUCAUUUCCUCCUGCGUCAUUUAUGAUAAUCCAAAUCUUUUAUAUCUCCAUUGUGUCCAGAAUUCACCCUUAAACUACAAGUGAUAUUCUAAUCCCACUAACGAGUUUAACUGUUUACAAUGGUCUUUUAAGAUAAGUUAUAAAUUUUCCCCAUUUCUUAUUAAAUUUUGGUCUUCCUGAUUUCUGAUUCUUCUGGUCAUUUUCGGCAUAGUCCGUCAACUUCAUCUGCCAUUCUUCUCUGGUAGGAACUUUAUCUUCUUUCCAUCUCUGGGCCAAUAACAUCCGUGCAGCUGUGGUCGCAUACAUAAAUAGUCUUUCCUGCUCCCUUGGGAUUUCGGCACCUAGGAUCUCAUUGUCCUUCAAGGUCAUUUGCCGCAAGUAAUCAAUGUGUGGAUGCCUCUUGGAGGCAGUAAUGAGUCAUAUGAGUCGUCACUGCUUUCACAGGUUUCGAAUUCUGAUCACAUAGGGCCUCUCUGGAAAAGCACAUUCAAAGAUACUUUCCCGUCUUCCUUUAACAUGAACAGGAUAGUUUACUCAACAGAGCAAAUUUUAAAAUUCUAGUUAAAUACGAGCUUACUGUAGCUUUAUUUAAUACUCAGUUUAGACUGGGGAUGGGGAAUGUGUCUAUAGAGAUUGCUGGACUGCAACUCCCAUCAUCCUUGACCAUGUUUGCUGGAUCUGAUGGGAGUCGGGAGUCCCGACGACAUCUGAAAAGGGGCCACAGCUUCCCCAUCUCUGGUUUGGACUUUUUCACUUGGAAGCAUGUACACAUUAAUGGCUUGAAACCCAGUGAACUCAUCCACCUUGUUGCAUUUCAAGUUGCUGCACAUACCAGAGAUCGGGCAGGGAUGUCUUCAACCUACACCCAUUGUCUGAUUCAUUUGCACGCACAACGGCUGCCUGAAAUGUACACAUCUCAACUUAACUGCAGCUUCCGUUUUCAAAUCGGGUGGAAACUUCUUUGAUGGAAAGCCCAUCAAACGGAAGUAUUUCUUGAGAAGCUACAGGAUACCUGUGGAUUGUGGCGAACACUGUGUACUUUGCUCUAAACACUAGCAGUGGGAGCCCAUUGGACCCAGAAUGAGUAUUAAUGUGUACACUACCUUAGUGUACUGUAACAAUUCUGAAGAGAAGCUUUUCUGGGUCUCGAGUUCCUCACUUACUGGAGGAAAAUAUCUCUUUACUAACCUUUGGGCCUUUCACUCAAGCAUCCCAUGCCUGUUCUGUUCCAACUUUUGGUAUGUUUUCAGUGCUUUGACGAGCCAGAGCAGCAGAGCAGUAUAAUGCCUGUCAGUUAACUUUUCUGCAAAUUUAAAGAAAGCUAACUGCUCUCCCCAAAGAGUAGGAAUCACGAGUUUUCUCCCAUCUUAUUUUUAGCUGUCCUUCACAGUGGUUGUUUCUCUUGCAAGAAGGGGAUGCAGAGGGGAGGUUUACUGUGGAACGCACAACACAGUGCUCUGGUAAUGUUUAAAAGUGGUGCCUGUGCUAAUCUAAUACAAGCCCACCACAGAUCCCAGGGGAGCUUGCCUGGGUAUUCCAAAGCAAGUUUUAAUAAGAUCCAGAAGGUGUUUGUGUAAUAAAAGCCAGAUUUUAAUUUAUUCUUGAAAACUAAAUUUGCUUUUAUAAUGUUUGCAUUUGAAAAGAAUUGACUUCACCUUGGGGGUGAUAUAAUUUUUGCUUUGCAUAGAAUCCCCCCCCCCCCAAGUAUCUAGCUUACUCCAAAAGUUGGGAUGGGGGUGGGCAAUGAUUUGUUUGUUUGUUUGUUUACUAUGGGGCAGAUCAUCUUAACUAUCCUCUAGGGCAGGUUCGGCUAACCUGUGGUCCUCCCAAUGUUGUUUGACAACCCCCAUAAUCACUGACCAUUGGGCAUACUAGCUGGGGCUAAUGGGUAUCAGAACUAGCAGCAUCUGGAGGACUACAGGCUAGCCUCCCUCUUCUGGGUGCUUUAUUGUUUCUCUAAAAGGUGAACUGUUUCUCUAUAAAUUACUCGCUGACUAUGGCUGAUGCACUGAAGCUUCCCUUCGUCACAAGCCGAUCUGUUUAACAGAGUUGUAGCGGGUUAAUCAUAAUUAACUCUAUGGCUGUUGCUGAGGUGGAAAGCUGAUCCCCAGCCAUCUGGUAGUAUAAUUGGGUUGCACCAAACUCCAGCAUGCUCCAUGAGGAAAUGCUGUGGCCAUUUCUGCGCUCAGAUUCUCCGACAUAUAAACCUGAUGUACUAUUAAUACAUUUGUGGCCAAAAUUAAGCAAAGGUGGCUUAUGGGGCAGUUACACUGAGCAUCUAGUAUGCUCUGGAUGAAAUAAGUUAGUGGUUGUUGUUUUCUGUUCCCUUUCAAUAGUUAAUGCAGAGUUUGAAUGGAAGCAAAGAGUUUCUGUCCCUACCACACCCCUUAUUGCCACAAAGGAGUAGAGUUGACAGGCAUACAGCUGUCGCUAAACGAUAAGGCAUUUGGAUAUUUCCAAGCACCCAGAAAUAUCAGAAAUUGAUAGUUGCCUCUGGUCUGACCCCAUUUCCAAUCCCCUUAAUUGUAAGUCAAUCUUUAGUAUGAGAUUAUAAAAUAAAAGCAGAUUGGAGGGCGGAUUACCAUAUUUUUCUGUCUAUAAGAUGCCCCCAUGUAUAAGAUGCCACCUAUUUUGGGGGACUCAGAUUUAAGAAAAUGGGAGAGACACUAUCAGUGUAUAAGACACCCCUUAAUUUUUGACAUUAUUUUUUAGGGGGGAAACCUAGUCUUAUACAUGGAAAAAUACGGUAAUUUAAGAAAUGUCAUGGAGAGGGAUCCAGAUAAGUAAGCACCUAGCUCUGUGCUCCCCAGGGAGCUUUGGACAUGUGUUUAUUGAGUAGCAGCCGUCUCAUGACACAUGGCAAAAUCCAUAUUUGAAAAUGAGAAAGGGGGCUUUAAAAGGUUUGUGGGAAGCAAAGAAGGAAAAGGCAGAAAUCCCCCUUGGCUUGCCCCAAGCCCAUACACAUGUCUAAAGUAGCUCUUCUAAUUUACAGGUGAAGGAGAGGAUGUAAAGUAAGUGGACUGCUAGGUUAAGGCAUCUUUUGGGCAGGAUAUACACUGUUGUUGUUUUAUUAUUUUCUGCUCAGAGGGGCCAAUGUGGUGAGGGGUGGUGAGGAUGUGCCAGUGCAUGAGACGAAAAUCUAUUACUACGGACAAUGUUCCAGUUCCUAUUUGAGAACUGGUAAGUCACCAGUAAAUUGUGCAAGUUGCUUUCCCUGCCUUUUAAAUAAUCUUGGGUGCUUUCUGCCUUGUGGACUUGAGUUUUGAAAGGCUUCAUCAAAAGGAAUGGGCAGCCAAAAUACAAAGUCCAUUCAGCCCACACUAGGAUGUUAAAUGAGGCUCCUAGUUGGCAGAAAGGCUGAUAAUGAAAAUGAUUGUUAUUGAGGCUCACCAUUGUUACAGUUUGUUGUAUUUACUAGAAGGAAUUGUACAAAAGAGGAUAAGAUAUCCCAGGCCAUUCUGGCUGGACAAUUUGAAUCCUUGUUUUAUCAGUAUUAAAUUAUGAAGUGAAACCUGCUUGAUCUUACAAGCAGGAAUAAAUAAUACAUUUUGCACAUUUUCUUUCCAUUGUUGGUAUGCAUACAUCAUUCAGUGGUGUUUGGGCAUGGGUGGCUGUGACUUUUUAUGAUUUCCCACGUCCCCUGCAGCCCCCAGCGUAUAAUCUUCCACACUGUCCUGGAAGGCCCCCUAAAUUCAUCUAAACUGUGUGGAAACAGUACUGAGGACUGGAGGAAAAAGUGGGUUGUCAAAAGUCACCUCUUUAUGCCAUCAGAUCCUAUGAGCAGAGCCUUCCCCAAAGUUGCUCACCCUAUCCGUUCUUUCUGUAGCUCUGUUUUUCUUGCCCGUGCAGCUGGUUUCUAUGAUGUGUUUUGGUUUGCUUUCUUUAUUCUACUUGUGAAUUCCAUUGAAGUUUUUUAUUAUUAUUUUUAUUUAAGAAUAGGCUAGUGUUAUUUGACGUUGGUCCUAAUAUUGUAUACCUGAUUUUGCAAUACAGCAGCUCCAUGAGCUUUCUGAAACCAAGAAUUCUUUCAGCAAGCACGUGUACCUAGCGAAUGUAUUAAUGUGGACACUAAUUGCUGUAUGAAUCUUGCACUAGGGGAAUAAGGAGUAAAGCAUUACUGCUGCUCAGAAUGGCCUCUCAUGUUUGUGAUGGGAAGCAGAACACCUAGCUCACUUAAAUAGUUUUGAUGAUCUUACUCUUGGGUUUUGUAUUAUUCCACUAUUGUGACUCCCUUAACCAUUCGCAGCAGUUUCAAAAAGUAGUAGGAAAAGAGCAUUAGACUUACUUUCCCUAGCUCCAGCUUUCCACAGAAUUGGUAAUCCUUGUGCUUCCUUGUUUUGAACAUGUUUGCGUGAUUAAAAAUAAUAAUUAUUAGUGGAGUUAAAAUAUUUUGUUUGUCUUUGCAUUCCAGUUCCUCUCAGAGAGCUGCUUCAUAUCUAAUCUACUUGUGGAUAGCUAUUGGAACAAAUGUUAAGCAUUGCUAUUAAUAACCAGAGGCUGCUUCUAACCAGAAUUUGAAGUUAUGGCUUUAUAACUGGUUUCAUAUUCGGGUUAGAAGCAAACCACGGUGCGUGUUGAGUGUGGGAAAUAGUAAUGAUGCCGGCUAACCAUGGUACAUAGCUAACCAUGGUGCAGGGUGAAAGGAAUUGGCAUGUGGGAGGGAAGAUGGAUGAAGGAGGGGAAUUUGCAAUUUCAUGGCACACUUUCCUUAACCUUCGGUUUAAAAUAAAGGUUCUUAUGACUGUGGCAGCCAAGAGUUCUUCCUUUUAGCCCGCUAGAUCUGCUACAGUUAAACCCUUUACUUGGUGGGUAAACUAUUUUAUACGGAUCAGAAAAAGAACUCCCCCCAAUGUACUUAAUACGUUGAUUUCUAGCAGCUCAUGCCAUUUCCAAUACAUUUUGAAAGGAAACAGUCUUUAAAAUGAUUUAAUGUUUCCUGCUUUCAUGUCUGUCUGUUUUAUAGGUGACCCUGAACGAGAACUUAACCCUAAGAAGAAAAUAUGGGAGCAGAUCCAGCCUGACCUUCAUACUGAUGGCCAAUGUGUUGCUACAUACAAAGGAGUGCCAUUUGAAGUGAGGGGGAAAGGAGUCUGCAGAGCUGCUACCAUGGCCAACAGUGGAAUCAAAUAAACAUUUAUCGGUUCUGCAAGCGCUUUAGGUCAUUUUUAAUGGAAAGGAAUGCAAACACAAUUAAAAACAAAUAAUUGCCUCACCCGAAA